AUGCUGAGUUUAGGAUCCAAGAAGAGGGACACUCUGCCCAAGGCGGAUAAACAUAAUGACGGCUUACCACAGGUAAGAGUUUAUCUUCGUAAACAAGAGGGCAAGUAAGAGUCAAGCUGAGAAGGUGAAAAAUCAGAGCUUGUGUCUCUGUCUGCUGACUGAAUCAGCCCCCUCACUUUCAUUAACGUCAUGAUUAUGUGUAGUAAGAGGAGACCACUGUUUGAUUCUGUGCGCCGCUGUCUUUCAUGCUUGUCUAACUUCCUCAAUUCAGCCUCACUUCCCUGCUGUAGUUUCCCACAAGGGACACCUACUUACUCAUAAGUGUGACAGACGAUGACUGAUUUAUUUCGGGGGACAGUUUUCCUGUAAUCGUAAGAAUAAAACGGAUAGAGGUGCCGAUUUUUUAUUCACUGCUUCCUCUUUUGGAUUCUAGCGAACUGAGGCUGAUUAAUCCUGUGUCACUUAUCAACAAUCACACACAUCUGAAAGUACAGUCAAGCGGAUCCUCAUAUUUCUCUCUUUUCCUGUGAGGCAUGAAUGCUAAAGAGACAAGAGAAGAGCAUCCGUCAAAUAAUAAAUAAUUUUUCUGGGGUUUAUCGAGCCACAAAUCUUCACAAAGCGGUCUAUUUAUCAACAGUUUGCAGCAUCUAGCAAGAGUAGCAAGAAAAAUCUUCUGUUUUUGGCAGAUCAUUUCAGCAGAAUCAGACUUAUUGGGGAAAGAGUCUCAAAAAUCUCAUCUUAAGACUUUUAACGAUUAAAUUAUUGUGAGUCUUUUAAGUGGAAGUGGUAAAAAUCAAGCUGUUUCUUUAGCUGCUCACCUGAAACCUACCCCCUAAAUCUAGUUUGAGACAUUAACAAUAGAGAUAUAAAAGCUGUUAAUCUUGUGGGUAAUGGUCUGGUUUGCUUUUUGAUAUCAUAACAAGGUUUCAACAUGAGCUUCAGUCGACUUCAUGAACAUUAGAAUAAAAAUAAGAAACAUCAGAGCACAAAUUAUUGGAGGUUAUCACCAAUGCACAGUCAGUUUGUAUUUACCAUGAUGUUGUUUUUUCAGUUGACCAAUGAGAUGCAGCUGAGCAUCAUGAACAAGGUGAAGAGCGGAGAGCUGUCCAUCGAUGACGCUCUGAACCAGGCCAGAGAGGGCAGGAAGGAGCUGCUCAGGCGGAGGAGUACCUGCAUAGAAGAGGUAUUUGUGCGUUUAACAUUGAGCUUUAUCUGCUUUUCAUGAGCUGCAAUCACAACGUUUUAAAGAUGGUUAACGUAAUGUUGCCCUCCGAAUCACUACGACACAAAACAACUACAUAAAACAACUUGUGUAGAGGAAUGAUACAAAAUCUGACACUUCAUGGAGCUGCAGAAUCAGAUUUAUGUCCUCUCAGUUCAGUUCAAUUAAAACAAUUUCUCAUCCCACUGACUUUUGACAGCCACAUAUCUCAUUUAUUGUGAGUACUGUGGAGGAAAUUGUAAAAAUAGGGCUGUUUCAGGUGAUUUCAGGCAUCAAAAAUCACAAGGUAAAAAUCACCAAGCAUGUCGCUGACAGGCUUGUUUCCUUUUGGACAUCAGUAUGAAUUUCCGACCAUUUUAUUGAUUAAAAAAAACUACUUACUGGAGCUUUAAAGGUUAAAACAAACUAGACACAGAGUAAACAUUCAUGUUAUGGCAGCUUUGGACAAAUAAUGUUUUUCCUGCCCUACCAGUACAUCUGCUGUUUUCUUGUUUACCUAAAGUUGAGUACAAGACUCCAAAACAUCUCCUGAUAUCCCAAGUUUUAAUCUUAAGCACACAUCAAGAUCAUAUGAAUUUAAAACACGAUGAUACUAAGUAAGUAAGUAAAUUGGCCCAGCUUCGUGUUUCCUCUGUCCUUAAACAACUGCGAUGUUUCAUCAGUCUGACAUUUUCCGUUCAACGACCUUGAAAAACUCUGAAGUUGUCUCAGACCUUCAUGCCUCGUAAACUUUAAGCUCGUCAACCUACUUCCUUUCACUUCCUCUUAAACUCUGUCGUUUUGAGAAGCUGCUCAGCCUGAUGGAUCGGUUUGAAGAUAAAUCUGUCUGACCUGUUCAAUCACCCGACAAAAUCAUCACACAGAAAUGUUCGACGGGUUUUGUGAAGCCUUAACGGGGAAAUAAAUCAGAGGACAAAAGAGACUUUGAAAUUCCUGAGAGGUGUUUCCCCGUCAGGUAUUCAUGUCUGACAUUUUGGGUUUUUUUUGUUUGCCUAUUGUUUCAGGAUCAAGAAUCCGCCCAGUACAACUUCAGUGUGUACAAACAUGGCCGCUACAGGUGGCAGAAGCGCGUUCUUCAGGUGAGUUCACAAAGGUUAGGUGUCUAUAAACCAGAUCUGAGGUGAAGCUGACAGAUUUACAACAAUGCUCACGUGACGCUAAAGAGGCUGUGAGGAACUUUUAGUUUGGGUUGAUUCUGGCGCCCCCUCUGGACAAAGCUAUCAAUGCUGAAUAUUUUGAACUGAGGUUAUAAGUUUGUGUAUUACCCACCCUUUUAAUGAGCUGGGAGAACCGGCAUGGAAGCUAGGCUUCAGCUUUCUGCAGACAGAGACAAGCCUGUCAUGUAGUUUGGUGAAACAGUAGUAGAUGAUGCAGACUGCAGCCUCAUGUCAACAACUGGUACAUUUUCACUCCUAAAGAUCUAGUUUUAAUCUUGUUAACAAGUCUCACACCAGGUAACUUCCUGCUCUCCUGUUCGUGUAAAAGUUUCUCCAACUUUUCCUUUUUUCGUCCGUUGAGUCGUCUUCUUCCCCUGCAGAUUUUGGUUCAUAAAAGCGCCCAAAUGCAUGUCGUCGAUUGGUCAUAUUUUCGACUCCUUAACACCUUCCCACUGAGCAUUUUUUGGUCUAAGAGAGGUCUAAUAGACGUCUAAAUGUAGCCUAGACGACUGGUCUAAAAUCAGGCUAUCAAAGGUCUAAAAAUGAAAGUUUUUUAGACGUCUAAAUUUAGACCAAGUUUCAACUAAAUCUAAAUCUGGCUAAAUCUAUACUACACUGUAUAUUGCUCAAUAGCUAUCAUAAUUAUUUUGGUUAAGAAAUAAUAGUUAAAUAAUAGUUGAAAUAAAUAGUUAUUGAAUAAUAGGUUAAAGUGCAACGUCUAAAUUCCAUCUAAAAAUAUACAGAAUUUCUAGACGGUUGAAAUUCGGUCUUUAAAUAAAACUAGACAUCUAAUAGUCGUCUAUUUCUCAGUGGGUUCAGACUAAACAGCUGAUCGUCUGACUGCAAAAUCAUCAUUGAAUCCAUUUUUAUGAUCGCACAGCUCGAUUUCAACACCAAGAUGCUGUGCAGUAUCGAGAAAGGCAUCAUCAAGCGGCAACUCCUCUUCUCCAAAGUGAAGAGCUGUGACGAUGGAGCGGGUACGAGGUUCACCAUCUCCUUCAAAGGUCAUCAUGACUAUGAACUGGAGGCCAACUCCAUGGAGGACAAACACAAGGUGAAUUCACAGCGUUGGGGUCUGGACUUUUAUUUUUACUUUCACAAGACUGUCCUGAACUUUAGAUUAUUAAUGAUUCUGUUUCAGAUAAUGGGGCUGGUGAAUCGGAUCAUUUACGGGAACAUUUACCAAGAUCCAGAGACGGGCGGUACAGAGAAGAACCAGCAGCCUCAAGCGUCGCAGAACAUCCGGGAGGGCGUGUUGUUGCUGCACAGAGGCGGCCUGGCGUCCUUCAGAUGGGUGAAGUAAGGACGCGUCUGUUACCGGACAUUAAAGGGGGGCGGCUGUGGCUCAGAGGUAGACCUGGUUGCCUCCUAAUUGAAAGGUUGGGGGAUUGAUUCCAGAUGUCCUCGGUGCAUGAGUGGAUCAGUUCGUACUGUUAAGUGGUUUGCAUAAAAGGGAUAUCACAUGUGUCACCAAAACUGCAUUUUAUCCCAUUCAUAUCAUCGUCUCUUUUCUCACGGCUGAUCUGAAGCUGUGCGGUAUGCGGCGCAGAGGGAUGUCAGAUGUCAAGGCGAAGUGUAAGCUAACGCCGGAACAGGUUUUGAAAUGCAGGUCGUCUCUGAGAGGCUGAAGUAAAUUUUACUCUUGACCCAAGUAACCUCUGCAGCGGCGCAUCGUGAGCUUCAGUGGAGAAACUCUGACUGAAUUUUCCUAAAAAGAUAAACUGAACUUUCUGUUUUAGCUUUUUCCCACCAUGGAAACUGGGCGAUCCUAGCUCUCCUUUCUUUUCUUCUCCUUUUUUUUCAAAGGUAUGAGGCCAAACUCCACCCAGGUCAGCUCACUCUGGUCCCCUUAAAGCGUCGAGCCCCCGCUGAGGGCGAGGUGUCAUCAUGGACGCCACCAGCUACCGUGAUCCACCUGUCAGACGGAGACACGAGUGUGAAGAAACCUCCUAGUUCUGACACCUUCACUCUGAUCACACACAAAAACGAGUACCAGUGAGUGAUCCACGUCAUUUGUCAUGUUAUUGUGCAGUCAUAAACGCAGAUCUUAUCUCGGCAAUGAGGAAGUGAAAUUUAACGGGUUUAUUGCAGGUUCAAGGUUCCUGUUCCAGAUCAAACAUCCGCCCCCGGUACAGUCCAGAGAGAGCGAGACGCCUGGGUCCAGGCUAUCGACAAUCUGUGCAAAGACUGGAAGAGGAGGUCCUUGGGUGAAAGCAUGUUUGUGGAGACAAAUGUCAUCAGAAACAUCAGCAUCACUGAAGACCCAGAAGACACAGAGACAGAGCUGGAGUCGAGCAGCGGGAGCACCGGUUUCACUCAUCCUCCAGAUGAGAAUAAAAAUGCAGAUCCUCCGUCAAGCCCUGCGGAUCAUUUAUCAGCGUGGGACACGAGUCAAAGCCAUCCCCCCUCAGCCGAUUAUACAAAGCCGGUUCCUAAACCGCGCGGCCCACUGAAGACUCCGGCUCAAGUCCCCGAGCCUGGAAAUUCACCUCCUGUGACUCUGCCGACCCCUCCUGGUGUCGCCGCCUUAUCUCCACCCGCCUCCCCUCAACCUCCGCCCUCUCCGCUCGCCCCCACAUCUCCUGCCGCUGUCCCAGAGACCCCAGAACCGAGCAAACCAGUUAUAAAAAUUCCUCGACCUCCUUUCAUCCCUGCGCCUCCUCCCCUACCCUUCCAUUUCAAACUAGAUCCAAGGAAACCCCGUACCAAGGCCUUCCACUGGGACCUGAUUGGCUCAGAGAAGGUAAUGAUGUCACAUAUCAAGGAUGAUGUCACUUUCCUCUUCAUGUGGUUCAGGUUUUUACCUGUAUUUGUGGACGCUCAAACAACAGUUUGGAGCCCAUACAGUGAUUUCCACUACAGAGUCAUGUCUGUUUAAAGGGAUAUUCUGGAAUAAAAUUAAUUUUGGAUCAAACACACUGUAACACAGAGUUAGAUACCCCCUUGAGAGAUGAAUGUUGUCGACCGCUUGCUUCUCUAGUUAUACCAACUUUAGUAACAACCGCAGGAUAGUAACACACAGCGGUCUGAGGAGCCAUAAACAAACCUCAACCAAAACGCCACUCUAUAGCCACAAAUAAUGCUCAGAACAGCACCUAACUUCAUCAACAGGACAUAUAGGGUCACAGCCAUAGUACUAGACACCAAACAUCUUUUUAACUUUGACUAAUUUCUUUAGCAAAGAGACUAAACACAACUCACCUACUCUCUUCCAGCAGCCGCUUGUUUGUAGCGAGACCUCAGGCCAGUCCAUUACAGACUACAGCGGGGUGUCGCAGCUCAAGGAAGAACAUUUAUGAUAAUUUCUUUAUCAUUUCCUUUAAGUAAAAAUCACCAUUUUAAUCAUUUUUCUCUGCAGACGCAGUAGUUCUUCUGCCUUAGCAUCUCAGUCUGAUUGCUUUUCCAUAAAGAAAUGAUCAUAAAUGUUCUUCCUUGAGCUGCGUCACCCGCUGCAGACUAGCCUGGGUGUCUAACUCGUUGUUACGGUGUGUUUGACCCUAAAUUAAUUUCACGCCUGAAUAUCCCUUUAAUGCAGUGUUGCCUGAGAGCCUAAAGAUCAUGACUAUCCAGUACUGGUUUUGAGUCUUGUCCCUUUAAUAAAAAAAAAAAUCUCCAAAUUUUUGAAGAUAUUUUGUACCAAAAACGAGGAAAUCCUCAAUUUUUACAAUUUCACCCUGAAGAUCGUUCCUCUGAAAAUGAAUUUUUGCUCACACAGUCUUUCACAGAGCUGUGAAUCUUUCUGGAUUGCCCUUUUUAUACCCAGUUAUGUGAAGUAUCUCAGAGUUUUUCUGUUCCUCUCAAAAGUUUUUGUUUUGGAGUUUUUAUUCUCCAUUUUUUUAAGUCGACUGUAGGGUUUGAGUGAUUUGCGAAGCUUUAAAAUCUGUUUUUAUAAACUUUUCACACCUUUUUUUUGGAGUCUGGGUUAUUCUGUACGUUCACUGUACAGUAUAAAUCUCACCGAAGGGUUUCAUUUGUGUAAAUGAUGUGUGAAAAAGUCAAUAGAAAGGUCAGUUUCGGCCGAGUUUCACUUCAUUAUUCCUCAUACUGUCUCAUUGUUUUGGGAUGAUUCUCUGCCUCUGUCUGUCCCUGGUGCUUUCCUUCCUAAUGCAACUAUUGAUUUCCUUUUAAUAUGCUGUUGUCUGGGAUCUAAAUUAAUUUGUUGUGGGUUUUUUUUUUGCAGCUAGCAAAAUCAUUUUGGAUACAAGACGGCGCCAGGAGGGUUGAAAUCGACUCAUCCCGCAUACUGGAGCAGUUCACAGUUAAAGACCUGGGAUCCUUCAGCAUGCCUGAGUCGAGCAAGACGCAGGAAAUUAUCCUCAAUGAGAAGAUCGCACACAACUUCAGUGAGUUGACUCGACGGCGAACAUGUUUUUUAAAGUUAUUUCAUCACAUUCAACCUGGAAAUCUGAUUUUCUCACCAAAAUAAUGAGCUUUAAAUCACAUUUUUAGUAAAAAGGUGAUUUUUUUUUAAGAUGAAGCUCUGUGUGGGAGCUGUGGUGUGGAAUAAACCCACUCUGUCUUUGACCACAAGAGGGAAGCAGCGCAUUGAAAGUGGAAGCAGGAAGUCUGCAGGAGUAGAGUGAAUGUCAGAGCCUUUAAUUUUCAUAAAUUAAAAUUUAACAGCCCCAUUAAGAGGAAGCUGAGCCGAGAUCUCCGUAAGAGAGAGCCUCUAAAUGCCACCAUAUUGCUCUUUUCAACUGCCUGUAAUAACUGCUGUUAAACAGACAGACAGGUGAUCCUCUGUCCCGCCAGCAGGGGGCAGUGUGUCCCCAACCCUGCCCCGACAAUCUGCAGAGCUAUUGUGAGGAGGAACAUAUUCUAUAUCUCAUCUAAUAGCUUUUCACUUUUGAUUAACCGCGUGUACGUGGUUUGUAUAUUUCAAGAGCGAGGCCGAGGGAGAACAUUUCAGAAGCUUCCUUCUCACAGAUGCUGAAACAGACACACACACAGGCUCAUACACUCUCUGUGGGAGGUGAUACAGAUGUGGUGGAGGUGAGCUGCUAACAGGAAUCAGCGUGAGGGUGCAGACCGGAAAAAUAAUUAGAGUUCACAUGCUCAUGAAAUAUAGAUUUGGGAUCUGAGCGACAAAGACAGCGAUUUCCCGUCCCCGAUACAGAAACACUGCAGCAGCAGCAGUUGGAGUUUCAGCUCCUCUCUGACCUGGAAACUUUGGUCGGUUGUGUGUGGAGCAGAAGAAGAGCGAUGACAGCCUGCAGGCAACCCGGGGCUGUGCAUCUUCCUGCUGAUUCAGAUGAUUCAGACAGAUUUAGAUGUUUGAAGAUGAAACUCUACUCUAUGUCCCCUUUUGGUCCUUUCACACUAACACAGAGAGUGAAUUUUUGCCCUGAAACAUGGCUCACUGAGAUGUACUGUAAAACCAAAAUACAAGAUCUCAGUGGGAACAAAACUCAAAGCUGCAUGAAGCCAAAAUAGAUUUUUAAAGCCUGUUUUAAUCUCAUAUUUCUUACUCUGUUAUCAUCAAGGAAUUGUUUUUGACAAAUAACUUACAAAGAGGCAUCCACUGAGAAAAAGGAGAUCACCACUGAGCCGUGGAAAAAAAAAAAACAACUGUUAGAAAAUCUUUGAAAAUAAAGACUUUAAUAGACCUGUCAUCAAAAUCACCCUGACAACAGACCACUUCAAAGAAAACAGAGACCACUAAUGACCACUCUGGACCACCUCAAAUUACCUCCAUAACUUUAAAAAGCUGCUUCCUUCAUAUACAAAUUCAACAUUUAUUAAAUUUACAUUUUAUAAAACUCUUUCUGAAUGAUUAUACCCUCUCCUGCAUUAAAGCACAGAAUCAUAACUAAGUGGUAAUUAUUUUAAAACGUGUGUUUCUGUUUAAAUAGGAGCAGCAAUGUCAAUUAGUCAUCCUACCUUUAAAUAGAUAUAAUAAACAGAUGUCAAAAUUGAACAAAAUAUGCCUUUUUAUAGGGACUUUGCAUUGUAAGUGUUUAGCAACUGUUAUGCAGUACAGAUGAGUUAAAAUAUUGAGUGUAUUUAUGUAUUACUAGUAAGUGCGUUGGAGCCAAAGUCAGUGCAAAAGAGCCGAAAAUUGCAGUUCCUAAAGUGUCCACUUGGGGCUGGCUUUAAAAACACAUUAGUCCUAUUAACGCCAUGUGUCAUUUAAAAACCUUUAGAAAUAAAGAUGUUUACAGCUGAGAGAGUGAAGUUUUGGUAACUCACUUAUUUUAAAGAUGUGUCUUGUGUUUGACAGAACUAGUAAAGAAAAGAAAAGAGAAUAAAUUUCCUCUAAACUUGUAUCAACUCAAAGUUUACUGCUUUAAGAAUAAACUCAGUCAGACUGCACUAAUACAUCACUGUCAAAGACAUUGUUUAAACCAGGUUUGGUGUUGGGAAUAGGGUCAGAUCGAGGCUAAUGACCUACAUUUGCUAUGAACCUAAAAAAAAGCAAAAACAGUGACGCCUUUUUUCUUGUUAAAUCACAAUCAGACACAGUUUUCAUUGAUUGUCACGAUAAAUCAGAUCCUCUGUCAGGGUGAUAGGGAUCUUCCUCUGCUGGUCUGUCUCUGCCCCCCCUUCCCCUCUAAGACACCCACAGCCACACUCACACCCCCUCCUGCUCUAGUCUGCAUAUUUAUCACCACAAACCUGUCUAAAUUCCUGCUAUUUACUCGCCUCGUACUGCAGUCUCUCUCUCUGCCACACUAUUUAUUCAUCUGAUCCCAUUACACCGAGCGUCGGUGUGCAUGCCAGGUCUCACUUUGUUUUUAGCAACAACUCAGCAGACACUCACGCUACAUUCGAUCAGAUAUUUACAGGAAUGUGAGAUCAGUAAUUAACAAACUGUUGAUUAGCAUCCGCUUGUUAGCCUGGAUUCCAGCUGUGCGAGUGUGUGCGGUGGCUUUAAAACACGUUUGUUUGCAGUUUGCACACUGAGGCAGAUGGAGUCAGACAGCACGAGCAGGUGGUUGUGUUACUGUUGUGCUGCAGUUGGAGUGCUUUCUCUGGUAAUCAGCAUGCUUCGUGAAGGAGAGAAACAACAUCAGCUGCACCCAGAGUCCACAGGAGGACACAGUAAUAACCCAUAUGCUGAUUUGUAACAGGUCUAAAAACACAUUUGACGACAAGAUUGUUGCUCCUAUUGAUUCUCCGACUGCUUUAUUCAAAAAAAUACACCUGCAAAAUGAGGACGACGGGGACAACCAGUUUGUGUUUGCGAGUUUGGGCAUGUAGAUGAAUGUGGUGGGAUAUGCAAAGUUAUGCGAAGAGACGUAAAAUUUGUAUUCCGUCAGUAUUUAUCGUUUUUACCAAGUUGUAGAAAUGUUUGCUACUCAGGACUUCAUGCAACAGUUGAAAACAAGUUUCUUUUGCAUGAACAAAGCUGCUGAUUCCUCUUUCGCAGACACAUCUGUGAUUUGUCACAUGUCCACCAGAGUGGAAAACACGAGUUCUAGUGGUUUAGUCUCAGUUCUGAUUGUUUGAAGUAUUAAAGUUUGAGAGUUUUUCUGUCUUUGCAGGGGGAAAAAAACACCCUUGAGGAGAUCAAACUAGCUCAACGUUUUUUUGCCUGCAGGCUGCUAGAGAAGAACAACAGCAGACAUUUUAUUGGAGAGCAAAUAUUAUGAGAGGAUAUAAAUUUGAGCAUUGUCUGAAGUGCUACUCGUAAAACCGCUGAGUGACUUUGACACCAGAACUUCAGAGGAUAUUGUUUUUAACUCGAAAAGCUGCAAGCUACGGCUAAAUAAGAUAAUUCAGAUGAUUUCAAGAAACAAGUUAUUCAGUUUAAAUAUUUCUGAGAGUAUCGAAGUCUCAGAAGACGAACCUCGAACCAACCCAACCUAGGGUAACCGUAUUCUGAAUCUUCGAAAAGAGGACAUGACUAUGCAGGGGGAGAGUUAGGCGUAGUUAAUUUUGAGAGUUUUUCGGGUUGGAUCAAAUGUUUUUUUAAGCGCUUCUAACUCAGUGAAUCCAUGUGACAGGAACACAAAACUUCCAUACAAAACCGCGGACAUUUGAAGGAUUUGAUAAACUCCCCCGGACAAGGCUCCGAAAAAAAGAGGACAAAUCUGGGUAAAAGAGGACGUGUGGUCACCAUAACCCAACCCAAACACAUUUAACAUAAAGAUUGUUGCUCACUUUGAGGUUUGGUUUUUUUUUUCAUGAUAUUUCAAAAACCUUAUGUCGGCCUUUUUUUUUUUUUUUUUAAUUCAACAUCUGUCCAGGUGGUGGCAGGGGUGUAAGGGUUGUUUUGCAAAGAUCCAUAAAUGGCGAAAGAUUCUGUGUUGAUCUACUGUCUACAGCAGCCAAAAACCACCUUUAAGCUGUCGAUUAUGGCGGAAUAUCCCUUUAAUCGUAUCAAAUCACUUAAACUUCAAACAGAUAUGAGUCAACAUGAUAAGAUCUGACUAUAAUGACAGAAAUCCCCAUUUUGAAAAUGUUAUUUGGCAUGGACUUGGAUUUUGUAGUUUGACCCAUGUCCCAUCUGCUCUGUGAUCUAUACUGCAGCUGGUCAGUAGGGGGAGCUCUAAAUCAUUUGGCUUGGUUUUUAACCCCUUUUUUUCCAUCCUUAUAUACAGUCAGUGGUCCAUACUGAUAUAUCUGUACAAAAACUUCAUUUUACUGUCUUAGCUGCGCAAAAUAGAGCUACUUUUAAAAGUGAAACGUUUAACUCGCUCUGAAUGUUGCCAUGGAAAAAUGCAAAAGACAAACUGCUGUCAAUCAUCUGGUCUAAAGCAUCAAAAACUCUACCUGAGACAUCUCCAGCUUUUUAGCUAAUGGCCUCAUUUUCUUUUAAAGGUCAUAAAUAGGCUCCACAUAGUUCCUUUAAUAAAAAGUGGUGAUUCAGUUGUUUUAAGGAUAGAAGAAAACAAGCCAAAAGAUCUCCGAGCUGUUCUCACUUUGUACAACUAUUGUUUUAAAUCCACAAAGAUAAUCAUCGGGCGAGGUUUGACGUUCAUGUUCAGGCUGAAAAACAUUUAUCACUCGGUGUGAAUGAUCCGUAACUGAGGGUCAACCAGCUGCUAACAAACCGGACCUCUGAGCACUGAUGGGAUAACUGGUGAAUCCUUCAAACUUGACCAAACUCGCCAAUUUUCUAAGUGCCAAAAUUAAAAAGAACAUCAGAGCUUUUAAUCCAAACAAACACACAAAAAGAAAGAAAUAAACAGAAAAUGGAAACUUUUAAUUAUUCAAACUGAUAAAAGCAGAAAAGUUCUGCCACACAAACUGGCACUUUUUUAAAAUUUUGUUUGUUUUUUAAUCGUCAGACUCUUGCCAAAUUCCAGAUUUGGGAUAUUUUCCGUUUUGUCAGAGAUUUAAACUUUGAAGUCCCUCAGGAGACACAAGGGAAAUAAAAAUUUCUCCCUCUUAAGACACUUUUGAGAUCUCUGAGAUCUUAGAAAAGCAUUUCAUUCAGGUUACUUCCUUUCUUAAGAUCAUUUUGUGCUAAUACUCUGUUCUGCCUGGGAUCAGAAGUAGGAGGUAACCUGAAAGAAAGAAGAAGAAGUUUUGCAGGAAGUUACAAAAGUUUCCAGAAAUCCUACAAAUGUUCACCCAUCUCCCUCAAGAUGGACUUUUAACAAACCCGUCAUUUAAGGUCCGGAGCUGCUCAUGGGGGCUCUUUUUAGGUCAGGGUCACACGCUGAACAUAACCGCCCUGAUUUAAAAGUAAAAUCUCGGUCUACGAAGUGAACGCAGAGGCAAAUCCAUCAUAGCGGAUCAUAAAAAUACAUUUUCCGUCCCAUAUGUGUCAGACGAGUAUUAAUUUAAACGUUCAAGUUCAAGAACAGGAUGUCAAGAGCAGCACUUGUGAGAGUUUUCUCCUCCUCUGGGCGAGCUCCUCUGUGGUUUUGUCUGAUCAAAGUGCAUUUCUGUUCAGGAUGCGUGUCCGAGUAAUAUGGUUAUUUACCUUGAGAGCCUCGAUGCAUGCUGCCUAUUUAAUGACUGGAAAUGUCGCGCUCCUAAUUAAAAGUACACCUGUGGCUUCCUGCGCUCAGCGGGAUCACUCUCCAUCUCUAAACUCUAAUUUGCCGGGGCAGUGCCCAGUUUGUCGGAGUGCCAGUCAACGCAGGCCUGAUUUGCACUUGACUUUUUUUGGCGUGCCAGAAGCCGACGCCUCGCUCUUGAGGACACGGACGGCGCUCGACAUUAUUUGGAUGUUUGAUGUUGUUGGUUUCUCAUUUGGAAAUGUGACACGAACGUCUCUGUUGGUCCUGGUGAGGGAAUUACUGUCUCAGGGCUUUAAUGUCAAGGAUUCAGAGACGGGCUGAUUACAGCUUUGUAUCUCGAAACGCUCCUCGUUUAGUGUGAUUAUUUGAUUCACUUUUUCAUGAGUUGAUUUUUAACCAGAUAAAAUGAGUCAGCUGAGAACAAUUUGGCUCAGUUUGUGACUGUCGGAGAAAAUAGUUUAGCUCUAAAACUGAGACACAAAGUUCAGGUUAAGAUUCCUUUUCUGCAACAUAGGUUUAGUUUUAGGUAAGCAGAUCCAAUGUUAGCAACUGCACAGUCAUGGCAGAACGUGCAACUCCAGAAAUAUAACUUAAUGCUGCAGCUGUAUGGAUGCACUUGUUGCCAAAGUGAAGACAGAAACUGGAGGAAAAUCAAGAUCCUGUCGAAGAAUCCUGUAAGCAGUUUGUGCAUCUGCAGCCUCCUGUUGACUGUGAUAGCUGUCUGCAUUAGUGGUCGACUACUCACAGUUUUCUGAUGCAGAACCCUGUUAUAGCAGAGCAGGCUGGCAGAUGGCUGAUAUAUAAUGCAUACUGUGUUUUUUAAUUUUUUUUAAAUUCAAACAACUAAAAAAAACAGAAUUACUGAACUUGAGGUGAACAUUUUAUCAGAAAACUGUAGGUGGGAGUCGGGCUGAAUUACAAAAUAUGAUCAAGGAAUCUUCGAGUACUCGUUUAUAAGCUCUAAUCGUCACUGUUUGGCAUGGAUUAGUUCCAAGGUAAUGCAACACACUUGCGUCACCACGGUAGAAGGAGGAGUAAGCGUGCUUUUGGUUUUGCGGAGCCCGAUUGCUCGCUCGCUGGCUGUGUGUCGUUCGCCAAAGAGUCAAAGGCGGCAGUUCCAUUUCCGACUGGUACAUCAGGCUCGCGGCUGACCUCAUCUGAGCUGAGAAAGGAACGAAUCAGGUGUUGGAGUGAUUCCGUUCACGUCGUUCACUCAGCAGUUCCGUUCUUUUGAAUGAAACGUUCAUGAACGACACAACACUAGAAGGUAACAUAUGAGCUAUUUAGCUCUCGGACACUAAUGUCUUUAGGGACAUGAUGAAAGUUAAUAUCAUAAUUAGCUUUCUCACAAUUGUUCACAAUUGUCCUCUCUACUUCUCCAAGUCUGGCCUUCCUAGCGGGGCUGGAGCUUGGAUUUGUGAUGUAGGAAAUCUCACUUUAUAUGAGUCUGCUGUUUGUGUCCACCUAUCACCGAUUACACCGAUUACUUGAUUAAUCGAUGGAAUAUUUGGUAGAAUACUUGAUAACUAAAAUACUCGAUAGCUGCAGCCCUAGAUGGGAGGAUAUUUCGCUCCUCUCCCUGCUCUCCACCUGAUCGUUUUUACCACUGUUGCACAACUUGUUUGAGAUACAACAGUCCACCAUUAAUCUCAGUCGGAGCUGCAACUUUCUCAUGCUCUCAAACUUUGGGAUCUUCACGUUGAUCUACUGAGCUACUUAGAGUUAAAGUUUCGGCCCCAAACUCCCCAAGUUCUUCCACAGAGAAAUCCAGAAGCAGAAAACUGGUCAUCCAAACCUGCAGAUGCUGCAGCAGAUGCCACACCCCAGUAAUGGCCGCUCGUUAGCUUCUGCUAAUUUGUUGGAUUGGUCCGCGCAAACAAAGAAAAGUCAAAGAACAGGAGGAGGGAGAGCGAAAUAUACAAAACACGCUUCAAAAAUGACAGCAGGCUACUCAUACUAAGAGGACUUGAUUGUAAACACUUAAAAGUCUGGACUCAAGGAAAGUUAACAGAAGGGGCCGAGCAGAUAAAAAAAAAAAAGAGAGACUGACAGGAGGAUUUUUUUAUAAUCAAUGGAAUAAAUACAGUCCUCUGCCUUGUGUGUUUAUGCGACUAAAUGCCAACUCCAUCGGCAAUAAGAGUCUCCUCAAACCGGGCUGAGCACAGGAUAUUAAUUCCAGCUCACAGAGGAGCUGUUUCUCUUUAGCACAAGAUCUUCUUCUCAUAAUUACAGGGUAAAGGGUCGUCUUCCUCGGCGAAUACAAAGCACCUCAGUAGAUUCUUGAUGAGAAGCACAUUAGAUGGUUGAAAGACGGCAGAAUGAGGCUUUUGUCGAAACGCAAUACGUCUGCAUGUACAGAUCAAGGUCAGCGGAGGUCGAGCCGGGCGCACGAACAAGAUAAUCGAGCAGAUUUUUGAAACUGUUUCAACAAAGGAGGACCGGAUUGAUCGAUGGUUGUAACGGCAAAAUUCCACAAGAUACGGAAUGGCUGCACGCCGCUCCGCCAGCAGCCUGAUAAAAUACGAAAACAUCUAAUCAAUGUGCCUGAUUCCACACAAUUUGUCCGCCGUCGGAUCAGAUAUGCAAGGCUUCUAUUUUUUGCGGACGCUGCAGCACAGCGCAUCAAUUCCAUGCAGCGCAGCAUGAGUGGCAGCGGAAGUUGUAUAUGGCUACAAAGUAAAAUAUCGGGUUAAUUUUCAAAAUAAAAUACAGUAAAUACGUUAAACUGUUCCUCAUGUGAUAUUGGGAGGAGCCAGAUCUGUGGGAUGUGGGUGUUAAUAUACACCGCCAAUCUCAUUUAAUGUCUCACGGUGAAACAGGUGAGAUCUCGUCCAGUCUUGAGAGAAAUAUCGGUAAUAUCGCAAGUGCUUCAUCCUCCAUUUGAGGCAGCGGAUUGGAUCCAGUGGGCGCUGUAGGUUCGGUUUUUGAUCCACCCUGCCGUUCCGGAGCAGAGCGUAGCAGAUCUGCAUGUGGUGGAAUCGUGGCAUUCAACAACCUUCAGCUAACAAUCGUCAUGCACACGUCCAUCGUCACAUGGAACAACUCGUUAGCCAAUCAGGAGGCAAGCUGACUAGAGAGAAAUGAAUACAACCUGAAUACAACCAUGGCAAUGAUAGUGAAAAUGAGAAACAUAGACCCUACCAGUUGAUGCAGACAUCUCCAGGUUAAAUUCAACAUCUAAAAGUCUCCACCAACUUGUUUGUCACUUUCAAAAGACUGUCCCGCUUUCACGACAUGACAGAGUUAGCAGAACUCGAAAGAAGUUCACAAAGUUUUCGACCAGAAGUUAGCCGAUAACCUCUCACUUUAAAACAAUCUGAGGCAGUAGCUCGGCUCAGACCCAGACAUGCUCCAGCUCCAUAAUGGACCCGAUGAUAUGGAGGUGAACUGGUAGGUGAAGAGACGCCAAAUUUACCUCCACAUGCGAGCGCCUAACCUCUGAGCACUUUGACAUUCAGAUUGCUCCCCUGCAACCUCUGUGUUUAGCUUUCUGUUUGGGCUCAACCUGAGUGUGAAAAUGACUUAACCGGCCGAAGAGAUGAACUCCAAAUGGGGGAAAAUAAAGAGACACUUUCAGAUCAGUGCAGACUCUGUAACAGACACAAACAUCUCCAAUGUCUUUUGUAAAAAUUACCGUGUAUUUUCACAGGCACGUCUAAAUUUUUUUUCGGCUCCCCACAGCUUCUGAUUUAUGCGCAGACAUUUCCUGUAAAACAAAAAUCACAUCAGCUUCGACUUGAUAGAAUGCAAAUUUGUGCAUUUCCCUCAGGCAUAUGAGAGAAAGUAAUUAAGCAAAGGGCCCUUUGUCUUCACAAUGCUUUUUUGAGUCAUUUCAUCGCAGGAUAAGAAGACUAUCUGUCAAGAGAAAAGCUUUCAUGUAAUAUUGCAUGUUUUGACUUUUUUCUUAUCUAUUGUUCUUCCAGACAUUUUCCUCAAAAGUUUCCCCGUGCAGCCGGGAGAGCUGAAGGACAAACUGUUCAUCAUUAAUGAGGAAGAUGGAGGCCUGUCUGAUGAGCACAUCACCUCUCUGAGGAGGUAUGACUUUGUGCCAAAAACGGCUGAUUUGUAUUCUGUGCUAAUAGUGUCACAAGUGAAGCUGAGAGGUGAAUGACUUUGUGUGCCAUGGGCGGUUGAUGUUUCUGUUGGCAGGGACCUUAUCAUAGCAAAUAAUGACAGAGGUAUUUGGGAGAUAACUAACCGUAAGGCAGAAUAAAACACAUUUUAGGCCUCAUACAAAAAGACUGUUAAUCUCCUUAGCUUGUGUUCCCUCAAAGACAUAUGCAGUUUGAUUCACAUUUACAGCCUAGAGUUAGAAAAAUGUGGUGUUGCAUCUCAGGCUUCAGGGCAGAUACCGCUCACAGGCUGCCCAGGUAUAAUGCCAAACCUUUUUAAGUUUUUUUCUUUUUCUAAUCCCUGUCAGAUCAACAUUUAUUAUCGAUGAGUUUGACAAUCUCUUCAUCCUCUGAUAACCAGCAGAGCCUGACACACGCUCAGCAGGUGAUCAGAGGGAAGAGGUCGCUCCUGUUAAUGAAUUGGCUGAAGUGCAAUGUAACAUGUUUAAUAUGAGCUUUUUCGCACCUCUGUUUAAAAGCCACUGUGUGCCGCGUUCAUAACUAAGCCUUGUCAAUAUUCAGAUCACAGAGUGCGGAGUUUAACAUUCAAAGUGCAUGUUGGGUUAUUUUGGUGUUUUUGAUGGAUACAGCAAAAAGACCAGAGAGUCCUUGGUGAGCAGAUACUGAAAUAAGCUGUCAAACAGAGAACACAUCAUAUUUAAGGUAACUUAAUAUCGCUAAUAAAAGGACAAAUGUACAAAUGAUAGGAUGUAAAAUGAGUAGAAUAAUGUAUUAGCGACCACAGCUCUUUAUCAUUGCAACUCGAGCAACGGAAAAAGCAUCACACUAUAGGAAACACUGAAUUCAGUCACUGGACUCAGAUGUGUUUGUGUUAUUGGACCUCUAUAGGGUUUUUUCAUGUAAAUAAUGGAAAACAUUGUCAGAGGUUUACUGUGAAAUUUAUUUUCUAACAACAAAAACAAGAAAUCCACCAAUCAGCCAGUCCACCAACUGACAAACCAAUCAAUCAAUCGAGUUACACAAAGCCAACCCAAACCAACCAACCAAUCCAGCAACUGACAACCUGAUCCGUUAACUUACCACCCAAUCUGUCAACCAACCAACCAACCCACAAACUAACCAACCAACCAAUCAAUCUACGAACUAACCAAUGGACCAACCAACCAGUUAAUUCACCAACUGACAAACCAAUCAAUCAAUCAAUCAAUCAAUCAAUCAAUCAACUUACAUAAAGAAAACCCAAACCAACCAACCAAUCCAGCAACUGAAAACCCAAUCCGUCAACUAACCAACCAACCCACUUACAAACCAACCAACCAACCAACCAACCAACCAAUCUACUUACACACACCUUACUCAACCAACCAACCAAUCAACCAAUCCAGCAACUGACAACCUGAUCUAACAACCAACCAACCAACCAAACCAACCUAACAACCAACAAACAAACCAAUCCUAACAAUGAACCAACCAAUACUAACAACCAACCAACUGGCCAACCAACUGGCCAACCAGUCCAAAUAACCAACCAACCAACCUUACUCUGCUCUCCUGCUCCAUGUUUCUCAGACCAUGUGGUUGUCUGUGAAGGUUCUCAGUCAUCUGAACCAUUGUCAUCAAAAUUCUGAUCCAAACUUGAUUGCAGUUAUUGCAGCAAUAUGUUUCACUUCUUGCCCAGAAAGCUCCUUCAGGUCAGGCUCACAGUCUGUUAGAAAAUAUUGGUUUUGGUCUAAACAGCCUUUUUUUUCUUUUUAAUAAAAACACACCACGGGAGGUUAAUUCCUCUGUAACUUAUUUACUUGUUUUUACUUGCAGAUUAGAGUCCUUCACAUAUUAUUGACAAGCUGUUACUGAGGGAGAACCAGUGGAGAGUAAAAUUUUUAUAUCAGAGGAUACAAGAUAAAAUAAAGAAGUUUCUAACGGCCUAAUUUAAGCUUGAAGGAUUGACAUCAAUUUAUAUAAUGAAUGAAGUGACUCCACUGUGUGAAAACAGUCAAAUAAGGUAUUAAAAUUACAGAUGUUUUCACAGAUCUUCAGAGUGUCUCGGCCUUGAGAUGAUCUGCCUCAUCGGUGAAACAAACCUGAAUUAUGUCGCACUUAUUAACAGGUUAGCAUGCAUGAAACAACCCAGCAAGAGUGCACUAUGCUAAAAAAAGAGAAAGGGAAGGGGUCAUUUUUGGACUUUUUAAUACAACCUUAGAGUCAGACAUAUUAGCAAGAAGACAGAAACGACUUCUUGAAUUAUCACGAAUAGUUUUUUCCUCGGGUAACGCAAUGAUUAGCUCAUUUACCAGCUCGUGAAUAAGUCAUGGGUGCACACUCUUGGCAUCCCCUUUCAAAUGCGGUCCCUUUAUAUUUCCAAAAAAACCAGCACUAUAUCAGCUGCAACGCCAGACUUGAAGCUUUGAAUGAGGAGCUGAUGAACCGAUGGGUGACGUCAAAGCAGCUAAGUCCAUUAUUUAUACAGUCUUAUGUGAGAAACAGCUUGAACUGCUGCCAGUUCCUGUGAGAAGAACACACGUUUUGCACUGCAGGCCUUCACAGAGUUCUAAUACUAAAGAGCAGAUGCCAGAACCUUUUACCAGAGCAGCUUACUAAUAAAAGUUUUAUCUCGGGUUAUUUGCGGAGAUGGAAACUAUUGACAUGCCCUCAGGAAUAUAUGACUGAAAGCGGGUAAAAUGCUUCCUGAAUCUUACCUGCAGUUUACUCAGCUGCUCUGGAUGCUGACCUCCUGGAAGGAGAGUGAUCUAAUGUACUGUGUGGAGAGUUUUAUUUAUUCUAAGAAAAACGUAAUAUAUAUUUUAAUGCGCUGUGGCGUAGGCCCGAGGAAUACAAUCUUGAAGGAACCACUCCCUACAGGUGCUGCAAUAUUAAUGGCCGGUGCUACUCCAGUGGCACAUGGACCGGCUCAUGAAAAAGUGAAUGUGCCUUCAGUCAGAGGAGGUCCACUUUGAGACAAGCGGGUUCAAAUCCAGUACGAUCGUGUAAAUGGCUGUUUCCAUCAGGUUUAUAAAAGCUGAGAAAGAAACAGCAGCACAACUUGGCUUUUAAUCACUUAACCUUGUCCGGACUGCUAGAAAUCAGCACGAGUCUGAGGUUGCUAAAGAGCGUACGACUGCUUAAAGAGGCAAAGGUCAAAAUGAGAAAGUACCAGUAAUGGAAAUAGACGAACAUCUUCAAUUGUGACAUAAAUGAUUUAGAUUAAUAUGGAUGUUUGGGUUGGACAUCGUUCAUCUAGUAGAAUUUGAGCUGCAGAUGCUUGUUAUGAGCUUAUUGUGUUUCAUGCUAGCAGCAACUGUAAGCACUGCGCUACGAAAUGCAGCCCCACCUAAAACAGCAUUAACCAGCAAAAUUAGCAUACAAAUAUCAAUAAUAUGAUCUGUAGAUGCAUGCUAUAAGUUUACUAUGUUAUCGGGAUGCUGCGAUUCAUGCUAGCAGCUACUGUUGGCGCUUCGCAUUUGCAUUAACCCCAGAACACCAUUGCUAAAAUUAGUAACAUCAUCACUAUCGCCGGGUGAUUUUUACCCGAAGUAAAAUAUAUAUCAAAAUAGGAUAAUAUAUGACAACUUAAAGUAUUUUUCUUUUAUUUUUAACUGUGCAACGUCCAAUGGGAGGAAAAAAGUGCCAUGAGUGGACCAUAUAAAAAUGCAAAAACAAAAAAAACUGAAAUUGGGCAUUUCUGAACAAAAAAUUGCUAAAAUAUAUAUAUAUAUAAAGAAACUGUAAACUUAGUUUCUUUUCCAUCCAUUUCUGAGGCAUGUGAGUCUUCCCUGGUGAAGACUCAGGGUCCUUGGCACAAAAACAGCUGCAGGAGAGAGAAACAAAAUAUGGCAGAUUUGGAGUGAGCUGACUAAAAUAUUUCUUAUCACCAUAUAAAUGCCCUUAAAAAUCACUUCUUUGUGAUAGUUAUUCAUAACCACUGCGCUAAAUAAAGAUAGCAUGCAAAUUCCAGGACCACUUAUACUGACCUUAUUCCCUACAUGCAGCUAUCAAAUCCACCCAAACCUACUUUAAAAAGCAGGUUUUGGAUCAGGGAAACAAAUACGCCUUCAAAGAUGUCAAAGGCAAUGCUGAAGCUACGCAGGGACCCAUGAUACUCAGACAAACACAACAUCAUGAAAAUCACAUAAACUGGAAAUCACCCUGCAAUAGCAUUCUAGGGUUAACCUGCAAAAUCAGCAAACAAAUAUCAAUAAAUUGUUCAUUACAGCACUAGUAUUCCUAGUGCUGACUUGCGUGGGUGACAACGUUUAAUUGUCAAGUCAAUCAUACAUGCACAUGACUGCUCUGUAGUAAAAGUGUCAUUUUAAAUGCAGUGUGAAAUCACAGUGAGAUAAUAAUAAAAAUAAUACGCCUCUGUGCACAGUAAGGUGUAGUAAUUGUGGCACUUCAUUAUAGGGGCUGUUGAGGAAUUGCAAUGUAUAACUACCUUUGUUCUAGUUCUGAGAUAUCAUGCGAGAUGACAGGACUUAUUUUUUAAUAUCUAGCCUCGGCCAAAAAGUUCAUUUCAAUAUUCAAACUGAUUAUUUCAAGGAGAGAUAAACAAAAAGACAUCGAAGAACCGGAGCCAACGCUGCAAUCACUGCAAACACAUACGACCGACUGCCAGAGCUGAUCUCCACUGAUAACAUGCAUCUCUAUUGGCAGAUCUAGUGUGCUUUUUUCCCACAAAUUCAGGAAGAAAUGGAGGAACAGACAACCUGUCUCCCGUAUCAUUAAAUAUUCAUGACUAAAAAAGACAAGCCGGAGUUUAAAAGCUGUCUUUUUUCAUUAUAAAAUGUAACACUCAAAAACUGCGUGGGUGGGAUUCGAUCAUAUUUGAGUGACAGUAAAACAAAAAAAGGAAAAAAAAUGUAUCAACUGUCAUCCACUUCAAAACCGGAGAGAAAAAAGAGGAUUUCAACAUGUUUCAAGUGGAUGUCAGUCUGUGUUAUCUGAAACAAUACUUCAAUGAGUGUGCUGAAUCAAGUUAUAGAGCUGAGAUGCAUUGCAGAGGAAUCAGCUGCUUCUUCCUCAUAGAUGCCCUUCACACAUGCACUAAAAAAAUCUGAACAUUUUUGGGCUUAGCUGCAUAUGUGAAGAUGUGAAAGCAGACAGCUAAAACCUCAAACCUGAAUUUACCGGGGUGAGGUAUAUUCUUUGUUUUACCUGCCAUCUUUAAUACGAAGUAAACAUGACAAACUGUCCUGAAAUUUUCUGGAAAUUUUGCCAUUUUUUCCCCCCCGCUAACAUGACUAAAUAUCAGAGCCAGGAGGAACACUUUAAAUGUAAUCCCACUCCAUCUGCACUCAAACAUUUGUGCUAUUUGGAGCAAAAACUCAAAACCAGCUUGCAUGUGUGAAGACGACAAAUCCAAGCUGAUAAAGUAUGAGAUUCUCCGGGAUGACUCACAACUUCAGAAAGUGCCAGAAAAAACAACAUACAGUAUGUUUUUUUUCUCCAUUUCAUGUUCAGCCCAGAGUUACAGUGCAGAAAAAGUUGUAAUGAACACAGACGCUGCAAAAGCUCAAAGAUGAGCAAAUGUUUUGUCCUUUUUCUAGACUUAAAAUAGGCCACCUACACCUGACAAAUCCAGAUUAAUGUCUUAUUUAAAGAAAUGAUAGACCAAAAAUUAGACAAAAAUAGUGCUGAAACUUCAGGAUUAAUUUUUUUUAAAUUUAAAAACUAAAAAAAUUAAAAUUUGGAGAUUAAAGUCAAAAUUUCAAGAUAAAAGUUGAAAUUUCGAGAUUAAAAAAAUGAAAUUAAGUCAAUAUACUCGAAAUUUCUCAAAUUAAAACAGAAAUUUUGAGAUUAAAUUUAAAAUUUCCAGAUCACAAAAUGUUUAAUCUCGAAAUGGAAAUUAUAAAAAUCUCCCUCCUGCCACUACUUUUUUUCUCUUCCUUUGGCCCUAAUUCUCUUCCGUACAUCAGUGACCUUUAACAUCUUGAAAUAAGACAUUUUUAUUUAGUUUUGGGCUUUUGCUGUUUAAAUUGUGUGAACAAGGUGGUUAAAAAUUGUAGAAAUGUUCCUUUAAACUGUUAGCAAAAAUAACAAUUAUAAUUCUUGUAUUUUUGUUUGCGCUUUUCAGGUAUGUGCCAACCAUGGAUGAUAUAGAAAAGUACAAAUCCCUCAAAGGACCUGUAUCCGAGCUGCACAUUGUGGACCAGUACAUGUUGGAGGUAGAGUUUCUAGUUCUUUAUGUUAAUGUAAAUCAUAAUUAACACGUUUAAAAUAAGAAUUUCUUUUGGGAUUUGUCUCAUGGCAUCGCCGCUCGAGCUGAUUCUAAUCCUCCGCCUGCCUGGGAGCCACUUUCCUUUAGCGGGACUUGUCGAGUCUUCAUGCACCUGCCACCUCGUUCACACACCGUGGGUGUCAUGACGAGCUCUUUGCAUUUUUCUGGUUAUCACCUUCCAGCAUGCCUGGCAGUCAUCUGACCUAUGUGUGUUUGGCUACAGGCUGCUGCAGUAGGAGGAGAAGGAGGAGGAGGGGGUUUGAUAGAUGAAGUGCAGGAUCAGCCUACGGAGCAGGAGUUUUAGGAGUAUUUGACACCAGACGUAAGAGGUUUAACAUGCAAGAGAGAACCUCAUGUACUCCUGGAGGCACAAUUUUCUGUGCUACGCUACAGUCAGCCUGAAUGCUUCUAAAUAGAUAAUCAUCACAUAAUGACUCCUCUUUAUUGCUGCCAACUAGAGCAGGUAUUUAAGUACUGCACUUAAUAGAAAGUGAAAUGGCACCGGCUGAGCGUCCCGAGUUUAGAGGUGAUUGCAGACUUCUUUGUGGAGUUUUUUUUCUAAACCUAAUGUUCAGCAAUUUUGACUUUUUUUGGGGACACAUUCUUCCCUUUAAAUCUGGUCGAUUAUUAAAAAGAAAAACAUAAAAACGUCUUUUGAAUCCUCACAGUUUGAAGCGUCAGCCGGGAGUUGAGUGUUUCCUCCAUGUGACACUUAAGCGAAGAGAGCAUCAGCUGCCUCUCACGUUGCGUUCUUCCUCGUAUUACCGGCAUGUGGAGUCGGGUGAUGGUGUUGAGGGGAGAACAAAGUUAAAAAGGUGUUUUCAACACUUUUAAGCGUUUAGUUUCUGUGACUUGCUGCUGUCUACAGUUCAAUGAAGGCACCAGACUUCCAGACAGGCUUCCUACACACAUUUGGAAAUCAGAUUUACAACCUUUUAAAGACCCACUCUGAUGAAAAUCAUGUUUCUCUUGUUGUCUACGUGUCCAUAUGUUCAUUUUUCUGAUGCUACAGGACAUAUCAUGAGGAAAAAUAAGCCAUUUCUGAGGAUUUCUGCAUUCAAAUCGCUGUUAAUCUCUGGCAGGUUCAGAUACAGUGAGAUUUCCUAUGUCACAAAUCCAAGCCCCGCCCCCAGAGCCCCACUAUGCAGGCCACAAUUGGGGAAAUAGAGAUGACGAUUGCGUAAGAAAAGCUAAUUAUGAUAUUAACUUUCAUCAUGUCCCCAAAGACAUUAGUGUCUGAGAGCUGAAUAGCUCCUAUGUUACCGCUACUUCUACUACACAAGCAAUGUUAAGCUGCAAGCUAGCAUGAAGAGGAGUGUGCAGAGCAGCGCUGUCUCCGCCCACGACUCAGAGGUGAAUUGCAAAUAAGAAAGAAAAGUCCUUAAAAAUGACACAGGCAACGUGAUUUUGUCUAAAAACUUCCUAAUCACAAUUUAAAGACCACUGAUAAAACUUCAAGUAGUAAAAAAAAGAUCGAAGUGGGACUUUAAAGCUCCAGUAAGGAGUUUUUUAACAUUCAUGAAGUAGAGUAAAAUUCAUUUUUCUGAUAUCUAAAAGCAAACAAGAGCAUCUGCAGCAAGACUGAUGAUUUCGUUCCCUACUUUUUCAUGCCCUAGUCUUGUGUGAGGGGGGAGGUGUUAUUUGCUCCCUGAAGCUGUUGUUGUUGUUUCAUCACCUGUUGUGUCGACUGUCGUUAAGUGUUCCCCUGUUGUUAUCAGCUCUGUCCUGAUCUAACCCUGAUAAACACACAUUGUAGGUCAUUAUUCCUCUGUACUUUGUUUUUGCUAGAAUAAAUAUAGUCGUCUACGAUCGAGACAAUGCUGGAAAACCACCCUGAUUAUUCAGCAAGAGCGCCAUCUAUGAUUUGAGACCUUUAACGAGACUUUUUAAGACGUUUGAAGCCUUAAUUUUGAGACUUUUUUCAGAACCGCAGUAAGUCUGUAUAGAGAGCUAGUCCAGGACAGUUAUUUAUGGUGUGUUCCAGUUGUACUAUGAAGUCGGGAUUGUGUAUCAACAGUAGAGAGUAACAGUAAAAGCUCUCAUACUGAAUUAUUUAUUAGCACUUCUGUUUUGUUUUUGAGAAAUUAAAUAAGUGGUUUAUGUUGUACAGCUCAACGUCUAACUGUGAACACAAUAUGGUGUUUGUCGAGUAAAACUCUGUGUAAGGUGUUGUUUACAACUGGUAUAGCUAACAACAACCAACAACAACUGACAACCGCUUACAACGGCUAACAGUAGGUGUCCGUCUUGUUUCUCCAACUUUUUUUACUGGAACGCUGUCAACUCUGGUAUAGCGUCAUUCUCAGCUCCGACAUCCGACUUCCCGAGGUAACUGGAACGCAGCAUUAGUACUUAAAAUUCGUGCUUAAAAUAAAGUGUCAGAAUCUCACUGGAAAUACGGCUGUAGUGAUACAUAAACAACAUCAGGUUUAGGGAAAUAUUUGACCUCUGUUUUAGGAUUUUCUAGAAAGAUAUGUACAUAAAUUAUCUUCAGGCCCUACCCAUUAAGGUGAUAAUGAUAAUUUGGACCCUGGUUCCUGCUGUUGAAUUGCAAAAAAAGUCCUUGAAAGGUUCCUUGUUCCUUGGAAAAGUCCCUGCAGUUAAAAAGCGCCUUUAGAGACAUUACUGUGGUCUCUUUUUUCCUUCAUAUCUAUAAAAAAAAUCUGCUCUUCUGUCAUGCAGUCCAGGGUAAUCCGUUUUCACUUAAGGUGUCUGUGGAUGACGCAGUAUUGAUGUCUAUAACUGAUCAAUACAUUAAUGUUAAAGCACUGACCUUUUCCUGUAAGAUGAAACAAACCCUGAUCACUCUGAGGUAUUCUUCUAUGUUCCUAAAUCAGGUUGCAAAGCUUCGCUGGAAUCUAAAAACGCUGUUGCCGAGCCAAAAACGAGAUCCUCCGAGAGUCUUCCUUUUUCACUCUUCCAAUUUAGCGAGCAUGAGAGCUCCUGUUUUGGACCUGAGACAAAAUCAGCAAAGAACCUGAGAAUGUGAUUGCUGACUAAUGUGAGACGAAGUUUGUUCAAAGAGGAAUGAAAUUAUCUCAGUGGUACCUUGGCAGAGAGUCGGUGUGACCUGUUAACAUGCUAUUAGAAAUUUAAAAUGUGUCGGAAAAUGUGACAAGACGAGGAGCGAAGAGACUUUUCUCCUCCAAACAAACAGCAGAAGGACUCGACAGAGUGGUCUUGAUUCCUUACACUUAUCCUAAUAUCUGUCUUGACCAUCCUUCAGACUAAGUGCCCUUUAGCUUCCAGUAGACGCUACCUGAGCGUGAGCGGGACUGUCUGACAAUGUGGAGUGAUUUAUUAGAGGUUAGCACAGACUCAAAGGUCGACUAGGCAGCUCAGCCAAUCGUUUCGACGUGUCAAGCCUUCAGUUUCUCUAUUAAAUCAGCCCGUCGACAGGCUGCAGCACUCCUCUUUGGCCUGAGGUAAUCUCAGAAGCUGAGCCCGAGAGAAAGAGCCGCAGCCAACACCUGUAUCUCCCUGCAGCACGGCUUUAAACUCCACUUAGAAACAGGCCGACAAUCAAACUCAUUAGACUUAUUUCUUCUUCUUCUUCUUCUUACAGAUGUGCAACAUUCCUCAUCUGAGCUCCCAGCUGGACCUGCUGCUGACCCUCAGAGAGCUGCCCAACAGCAUGAGCGACCUGCAGCCGGUGAGUUCGCUGAUCACCUGCAGAGUCGAAUCUAUAAAAAAAGGAUUAGGUAUUUAAAUUCUUAAUCUGAGCGAGGUCUGCACUGUUUUUAUCAUCACUGUGGUACGAAGAUGCACAAAAAACAUCCAGAAAACUGCAAAAAGACCUCAGUGAGUGUAGUUCACUCCCAUGUCCUGACGCUGCUGUGAGUUACAAAGUACGGAGUCUUAUGGAAGGUAAACUCCGAUUUAAAGGGAUAUUCAGGUGUGAAAUUAAUUUAGGGUCAAACACACCGUAACACCGAGUUAGACACCCCGUAGAGAGAUGGAUGUUGCCGACCGCUUACUUCUCUAGUUAUAUCAACUUAAGUAAUGACCACAGGAUAGUAAUACACAACAGUCUGAGGAGCCAUAAACAAACCUCAACCAAAACGCCACUCUAUAGCAACAAAUAAUGCUCAGAACAGCACCUAACUUCAUCAACAGGACAUAUAGGGUCACAGACAUAGUACUAGACACCAAACAUCUUUUUAACUUUGACUCAUUUCUUUAGCAAAGAGACUAAACACAACUCACCUACUCUCUUCCAGCAGCUGCUUAUUUGUAGCCAGACCUCAGGCCAGUCCAAAAGCAACCCAGACACUGAUUGAACAUUUGAAGUUCAAACAAAUCAGGACGGAUUCUAAUAGGUCAAAAUCUGUAAUGGUUAUUAUGUGCAUAAAACUUAAAUUACACUUUUUCCUCAUAUCCUGCAAGCUAGGGUUGUCACUUUUUAUAUCAGAAAAUUGAGUCCUCGUUCAUAAUCAAACCAUCCAAAUUCAAAAUGUACAGUUUAUAAGCACAUCAGGCCGUCUGAAGUAGCUUGCGGCGCUUGUCGUCACCUGACCAUUGCAUGCACUCUUGCCCUCGGUGCAUUAAGACUGUGAUGAUUCUCCACAAAAAUGGAGGAUGUUUGCUGCAAUCAAAGUCGUCCUGAGUGGACAGUAGCAACACUUAAAAAACAUCCGUGCAGCAACUAGUGGACGUGUUUUUGCAAAACAGCUCUCUCAGUCUUACAGGUGAGGCAGCAGAAGAGAGAACACAGUAGAAACUGAAUAUUGAAUAUAUUCGAACAUUAGCCUGUCUACUUUAAUUCAGCGCUUUAAGUGGAAUCUUACUAUUAAGUUGUGUGCUGGUGUGAUAAUUAUAAUCCCCACUCAAACUUUCAUCUCUGAAUUCUGACUUCACAUUCAGAGCACAAAAUAAAACUCACAUAUGGCUCUAAUCCUGCUCCGUAAGAAUCAAACUUUGAAUCAGAUGUCAGGCUUUUUUUUUCAAGUCGACCACAUUCCUACCAGCUGAAACAUCAGCCUCCUCUUCAGCAACAUGCAAAUGUGCUCUGUAAUGCAAAUGCUAAUGUUCAGAUACAUAGUGGUUUUGAGCCGUAAAUGAAAAAGAACAUCAAGGGACAAACUUACAUUAACACAUGAAAGCUUUUCACCCUCCAGUUGGAGCUUUAUUUUUUGAAGUGCUGCUGCUGCUGCUGAAGAAGUUUCUAUUCGAUUUACUGGAUGGUUAAGAGUCUUGAAAACAGAAAGGCAUGAGAGGCACUUUAAGACAUCGCUCUGUGUUUGACAGAGCAGAAAAGAUGGAUCUUAAUCAAAUCAAGUGCCAUUUUCCUGUAGGUUGUGUAAAACAUAGGCGGUUGUUAUCCUUAUCAGAGACUCAAUGAAAACCCACUUUGAAGAGAGCUGAGCAGAAACUCGUGAAUUUCGCUUCAAUCAACAAACUCCCGGACUUUCGGUAAAGACGGGUACUUUUGAGUGAAUAAAGGUGAAAUGAAAUCGAAUAAACACAAAGACGAUAAAUCAAGAGUAUCCAGAGAAGUUUUUGGACGGUUAAAUCAAUCAUUCUCAUUUGUGAGCGACAAAAACAAACAGGGAAGUACUAAUUUACUGGAUUACCGUAAUACUUCUAAUAAAGUUCCACUUAAAUCUGUUAAAUCAAUCAUACUUAUUUGUGAGUGACAAAAACAAACAGGGAAGUUCUAAUUUACUGGAUUACCGUAAUACUUCUAAUAAAGUUCCACUUCAAUCUGUUAAAUCAAUCAUACUUAUUUGUCAGUGACAAAAACAAACAGGGUCACUAAUUUAACUGAGUUUUAUUUCUUUAAACUACUAAUUUAGGGGAUUACCGUAAUACUUCUAAUAAAGGCCCACCCCAAUCAAUCAUACCCAUUUGUGAGCGACAAAAACGUAAGGAGUCACUUAUUUUUAAUUCUUGAAACUGCAAAUUUUAGGGAAUUACAGUAAAACAAAUUAUAAUGGCCUACCUAAAUUUGUUAAAUCAAUUAUACUUAAUUGUGAGGGGUCACUAACUUUACUGAGUUUUAAUUCUUGAAACUGCUAAUUUAGGUGAUUACCGUUAAACUUCUAAUAAAGGCCCACCCCAAUUGAUUAGAUCAAUCAAUCUUAUUUGUGAGCAACAAAAACAAACAGGGUCACUAAUUUAAAUGAGUUCGUAUUCUUAAAACUACUUAUUCAGAGGAUUACCGUAAAACUUCUAAUAAAGGUUCACUUCAGUUGGUUGCACAUUUUGCCAAAUAACGACAGGUCUUGUUUAGAUUAUCUGUCGUAUUAGUGUUAUCAGGUUGUCAGUGCAAUGAAGCGCCUGAUUUUCCACUUUCACCCAAAUACUACAAGUUUACUGACAGUCACAGUGGGGCAGAGAAAACAGCCGAACCUGAGUGCUGUCAGACUGUCAGCUCCGGACAGUAACAGCAGCUGUGAGACUCUCCUCCAUUGAUUUUUAAGAGAACGAGAGGGGGGCUGAACUCGACUUCUGUCUAGGAAAGAUGUUAAAAAAAGCCAACCGGGGAGGAGGAACAUGGUGCGAUCCGUUUACCUCCAAAGCUGGAUGUCAGAGUCGGGAACGGCAGCAACAGAUUCAAGAUAAUCACACCCGGGUUACUUGCUGAAACAACUCAGAGAGUUGUUGUUGGCAUUGAUUACAGGUGACAACAACAAACUGUGAGAUAGUCUGUAACCACUAAAAGGUACAUUUUCUGUAUCAAUGUAAAGGGCCUAAUAGUCAACUCUGGCAUCCAGGGGCCACCCACCACCUCCCAAGUUCCCACUGCCCAUCAUUUCCUCUCCAUAUACAACAAAAAACACACAUGAUGGGAAAGUAGAGCCAAGACAAGAGGCCCAUUUAAACGAGAGCUCUCUCCUGCUGGUGUAGGUGUGUCCGGGCUGCGAUCUUUUUUUUUGUAGGAUGGUAGGGGAAAGUCCCGCCUCCUUCACCUCUGAUUGGCUAGAAAAGUUGGAAACGUUAUCACACGUUAAAGCCAAACGCGGGCUGUCGGCUCUGUACAUCGAACAGAACAUUACAGAACAUUUUUGCACUUCUGAAUCUCCUAAACCUAACCCGACAGACGAUGACGUUUUACAGCCAUUAGGAAUAACCAAUCAGAGCCGAGCACUUCUAGGCUAUCAGAGGCGAAGGAGGCGAGACCUUCUCCUACUAUCCUACAAAAAAAAAAAUUGCGUCUGGGCUGCCAGAGUGGCUUGGACCAGACGCCUGUUGAUGAUGUCAUGCUAUAUGAUUGGCUGGAAGUUGAUUUCGUGGUUGGUUCGGACAUUACGGAAGACGUUUUCGCCGGAUUAGGUUUCAUUGGAUUGUAGAUCUUUGGAGAUAACAUGGAUGAAUUCUACGAAGCAAUCUAUUGCUACUUAUCAAAGGAGAUCCUAAGUUAUUUUAGGGCUUGCCUUAUAUUCGGACAAGGCAAGCGCUAACAUAACUUUCGUAGAUGUAGCCAUCUUGUUUCAGGCCUCCAAUUUUGCUUUUUUCCGACUUGGUAACUGAAACGCUGGUAACUCAGAUGUGACGUCAUUUUCAACUUGAAGAAAAGUUUCAAGGUUAAUUGAAUGAACAAACAGAAAUAAAGAAAACUGUGAGGGGCUUUUAACCGAAGACAUUUGACUUAUGAAACAGAACGCAAUUUAGUUUGUCCCAGCGGACUUGCCGUGGUGUGACGUCUUCAACAGGCUCUGUGCCCCCAAGCUGAUCUGGUACCCACACCGGGUCAGACUGUACGCUCUACCUCCCCCUACUUCCUCAUUUUUAUGAAGGCAGAGUGAUAAAAGUGUCCUUGAGCCUGCAGACUACACUGAUGUUUUAUAUUCAGUUGUGUGUUUUAGAUAUCCAAUUACUCCUGAUUAUUUAACUCAGCUCAGAUAACGAACAAAUGGUCAGAAUUACUGCUUUCAUGGUGGAACAAUGGAGUUGUUUUCAUCGCACAAGAAAAACAACAACGGUCGUUCAUUUGCAGAGUCAGUGGAUACUGAUUAACUGAUAUAUUCUCAAUUGUUUCCUCCUCGUGUUUAUUAUGAACCUUUCGAGGGCUGUUUCCUCUCAGUAAAGUUGUUCUUUUUUAAUUCAUUAAAGGAAACAUAUCAGGAGUGUGAAUCUGCUGAUUAAAUAAAUCUGGUCACUGAAGUGUUAAUCCUCCACUUAGAGGCGAAUAUGUGAUGCUUGUGCACAUUUCAGGUCCACAUUAGUCAGACUGAUGGUUAAUACUCCUAUAGAGGAUUUCUGUUUAUUGGCAUCGGGGACUGCAGGCUGUGAAGAUAUUGCAGUCAGACAAGAAUACCUCCCAGCUCCUCCUCUGUCUUCUCUUCUUUCUUUCUUUCUCUUUUUUUUAUGUGAUUCUCUGAAGCUUCUGUUCCUUUCAGCAUCAGUGCCUCAGCCCUAAUCUCUUGUCUGCUGACUGUCUGAGAAGGAAGAGAAACAAUGGAUAAGAAUGAUGGCCUUGUAAUCCAUUGACUGUGACAGCAAUUUUUCUUUGUCUAAGACACAGAGACAAACAUAUCGCGCGCUCUGCUAGAUGACUCGACAAGAAAGAUUAGCAAUUUCAUUAAGUUUCAAUUUGCUCUUUACUUUUUCAUCCUGAUGCUGUUUCGUCUUCCACGGCGUUCUAACUUGGAGAUAUUAAAAAAGGGUCAUUUUUCAAUCAAACUUUGGUAUUUGAGAACGGCGUCUCUCACCAAAAGUACGCUUUCCUCUAAUCUGCAGUCCUCAGUGUAGUGUGACACAGUUUCACAAUACAAUACGUUCAAAGAUGGAGAGGUUAGGGUCCUGUCUGUGGCAGAAUACUCUUAAAUCCUUUGAUUCUCCGACACGACAGAUUUCUUAAAGCCAGAACAUUUAGGAGGAUUUACUCGCCACCUGACAGACCGGGCUCGAGGAGAGUAAAUGAAGAAGUCACCGCCUCAGGGAGGAUUCUCACCUACAAUGUGCUUGUUGGUGCAAACUUUCACUGCCAGGGUGACAGGCUGUACUCUGCAUUGUGGACCCAGCUCCAUCUUUAAACUGUUUGCUGUGCUCUGAGUGAAACCAUUCCCAAAUAUAAAUAAGAAAGUCAAAGGCUUGGAACCAAAUCCAGUGAUGCAGGAGACAGGGAGGCAGCUCCUCAGGAUAUGAUGUACUGAAUGGUAAGAAGAAAUGUAGAGCCCACAAAGCUGUAAGUCUCAUCACAACUCUUUUAUACGGUGUAAGUCAGACUGUCCCCGAAGACGAAGCACCUUCAGCUCCAAGAAGGUACCGAGACUGAGGGGGAGGUGAGCCAAAAGUUAUGGGACAGCAGGUUGGAAACCUGUCAAGAGAUUCUUCCUUUUUAUUCUGCGAGUUUUCAGCUAAUAGAUUUUAAUAAGGGGGAAAGGUGACAGCGACAAGACGGCUCUAUGGUGUCAAAAUCCUCUGAGGGGUGAGUGAGGCCAAUUUAUGGGUCAAAGAAACACAGAACUUAUGUCCAGAAAACUCGGUUUGUCCUCCUGUGUGACACCAAAGACGUGUUCAUGAUGGACGAAAUCAGCAAAUUAUGUCUAGUUUCCAUUGAUUCAUGUACUUGGAGAACAUAACUCUAUAAAUUUGAAGUUAAAAUAGAAUAGAAGACAUAAGCAAAGACUAGACUGAACUCGACAGGAGUACAGAAUAGAAUAGAAUAGAAAAAGUAACAAUAAUAAGGCUGCAUUCCAGGUGUACUCGAAAGUCAGGAUUUCCGAGCUCCGACGGCUAAUGACAGCUGACAAUUGUAAACAACAGCUAACAACGGCUAACUGUAGGCGUCCAUCUUGGUUUUCCGACUUGUUGACUGGAACACUGUCAACUCGGGUGUAACGUCAUUCUCAGCUCCGACAUCCGACUUCCGAGGUAACUGGAACGGAGCUUUAGAAUAGACAAGAAUGGCAGAAACAAGAACAGCAUAGACUGAACAAGAGUAUGGAAUAUAAUAUAAUAUAAUAUAAUAGAAUAGAAUAGAAUAGAAUAGAAUAGAAUAGAAUAGAAAAAGUAACAAUAAUUAGAGUACACAAGAAUGGCAACAAUUAGAAAAGCAUAGAUUAAUAGAAUAGCGUAGAAUACAAUAAAAUAGAAUAGAAUAGAAUGGACAGAAAAUGAAAUAGAGAAGAACAUAUGGAAUCAGACUAAAAACAAUGUACUAGAGUAGAAUGGAAUAGAUUUUAGAGGGAAAAAUACAAUAGCAUUGGAAUAGAGGAGCAAAUAAUGGAGUAACAUAGAAUAGAAUGGAAGAACUUGAUUAGAGUAGAAUAGAAUAAAAUAACUUAAAUUAGAAUAGAACAGAAUAGAAGAAGUAGCAAAAAUUAGAAUAGAAUAGAAUAGAAAAACUUCAAUUAGAAUAGAAUAGAAUAAAAAACUUUAAUUAGAAUAGAAUACAAUGACAUCAAUAAGAAUAGAGAUAAACAGAAUAAUUUGAAUUGAAUAGAGUACAACAGAAUAUAAAAGUAAAAUACAGUAGAAUAGAUUUCAACAGGAUAGAAUAGAAUAGAAUAGAGUAGAUGGGAUAGCAUGGAUUAGAAUAGUAAAGAUCAGCAUAGAAUAAACUUAAACAACUAUAACCUCUACUUGACCUAAUCUGUUCACAAACUUAAGUGGAUAUGAGGAUAUGAGGCGUAACAGGAAGUUAACAAGCUAUUAUCACUGCAGUGUCGUCUACCAACAAUAAUUGGUUGUUUAAAUGCAAAAACAGUCAUAAGCAGUAAAUCCCUGUCCACUUUGACCAUUACUUUGUUUGUAAAUUUACUUAAAUUAACAUUAUGGAUGUAGAGAUGUAGACGACACCCUUGAAGAGAAAACUCCCCACUCAUGAGAAACUUAAACUUUGGGGAUAGAAUAGACUUGAAACGAGUCUGUCUUGUGUACAGAAGGUUGAUGAAAUGUUGUUGGAUUUCUCCUUCAUGUGACUGAGACUGUCUCUCCAGCAGGUCUGAGGAAGAUAUUCUUAAAACGGGACCAUAUGGUGGAGUGUUGUUGCUGGCUGGCACAGAACUUAUUUGGGAAAAGCUAACUCUUCGUCAAGGACUGUGAUUCCCCAAGCAUCGACUCCUUUCUUCUCAAACACACCGUUGGCAGAGCAUUAAAUCUUGUGUUUUCCUUCUCAGCUGUCAGUGAGACUUCUCUCCAUAUUAACAGGAUCUGUUCAGAAUUGAUUCAACGGGGAAAUUCUGCAAUAUUCUUACGGGAUAUUUUCACCAGAUUUAAUUGCAUUCCCAAUAAUGAAAUCGCCAAACAGCCGAGUCCUGAUUACUCCAGGUCAGACGAGGUGAUGCGGGAUGGCUGUUUAUCUUUGUAAUGUAAAACACUAAAGUUAUUUUUGUCCACGCUCUCUCGGCACAGAGUAGAGCUCCUAAACAAGCUUUCUUCCACUUAAAUUUCACAGUUGUUGUGUGGAGGAAAUGAAAGCCGGCGCCUGUAUGUGGUUGGAUUACAGAACAAAAUGACUUUGCUCUGUGCCCCUGUGUUUGUCUUCCAGCUGAUUAACCAGAAGAUCAGAAUGUGCACGCAGCUGAACAACUGCAGGUCAUUUGUUUCCGUGCUGGAGUACCUCCUCGCCAUUGGCAAUUACCUCAACGACAACGCCAGGAAGGAAAAGGCCAAGGGAUUCCGCCUCUCCUCCUUAACUAAAGUACGACUCUGCCGCUCUUUCCUGACCUUUGAUUGAGUUGCAGCGCAGGGCUAAUAAGACUACUCAUUGAUAUACACAGCAGGGCUUCUCCACAUCCUCUUUCAACAUUCCCUCGUCUUUUUUUUUCCUGCUCAAGUCUUAGACUUAGUCCCCCCUGAUAGAAGUGUGAUUUAAUGUCUGUGUCUGGCUUCGCAGAGUGUGGUCGCUGCUUUCUGGAUCUCUUAGAUGUGAACAUUCAUUAACUGCUGUCAGUCAGUCAGUCCUUUGAUGAAAGCAAAAUGUUUGAGCCGGUUUUCUGCUGUGUUUGAUGAAUAGUUGGACCUUUUUAGAUAUAAGCUGUUAAGCUCAGGUAAAUGAGAGUAUUUAUAUCUCAUAUAUCUGUCUGCUGACUAUGAGGCUGGAGCGAGGAGAGGGCGAGAAACUUGAGGAUGCGGCUCGUCUGAAUACAGCCUACAGAGAAUAAACACAGAAAAUAAGUAAUUCUGGUGCAAAAUUGGUUUGUUUCAGAGUGAAUAGAGACAUUUCCAGCCUCACUUUUGACAACACAGUCCACACACUUCCUGAAAGGGCCAUGGAGGUCAAGACCAAGUGGCAGCAUUCAGUGUUUUUAAAAGGAAGCCAAUGUGGAAGUGAGAAAAAGUACACUUCCUUAUAUAUCUCUUGAAAGAGCUCUAAAAGCCAAGGACUCUCCAUUAGGCUCCAUGUUAAAGUGUAUUUUUGCACCGAGACCAAUUCACCUCAGCAAAUAGGUCUGGAUCUGUCCAAUUCACUCCAUUUUUCAGGGGAAGUUUAGCAAUAAUAACAUUAAUGUGAACAAACAGGGACAGCUACAGAGGAAAUGCUUGAAAAUACAUCUUCAACAGGCUCUAUUUUCAAACACAGGGCUGUAAUCUGAAGGGAAAUCGUGUCGACUGAUGGCGCUUCCAGGAGUUGGUUAAGUUGGUUAAAGUUUAGGCCCACCUCAGCUCCACCUCUUUGCCUGUGUUUAGAUCAUAGACUGGAUAUACUACGGACAACUUGGCCCUGUUCAUCAUUAUAUGAAUUUAAAGCCGAAUUGCUCUUCUACUUCCUGGGACCACCACUUGCACAGUAGCAUUGUACGCAUUUUGAGAGUCGCUGUGAUGACACUCAGCUCAAGCAGCGUAUCCCUCCAGGUGGGCUACGCAAUCUUCGUACGCCAUAGGCUGUAUCAAGUGUCAAGUUAACUAUUAACCUUUAAAAAUGGAGCUGUACAGAAAAAAGAGGACUUGAGCACAAACCAGUCUUACAGUAACUAUAUGUCAACAUCACAACCAGGGUGGAGAAAAAUUUAUAAUCUGUAAUUAAUCACAAAAGUUUGUCCAGGAUUGCUGGCGGAGGGAUUUAUUACCUAUACUGCAGCCCGUCACCAGAGGGUGCUGUUCUCACGGUGGCUUCACCCAGCGAGGAGGCAGAUGGUGUCUAUUCUAUGUACAGUCAAUGGUUUAGAUUUACUGCAAGUUAGGUUGCGAUACGUCCACGACGUUACGUUAACGACAGAAACAUGUAUGUAUAACUUGUGGCCCCGCCCCUUUUUGAGUUAAAGCAGUCUUUCUAAACGAUGGUGACCAAUGGGAAACAGGAGAAUUUAAGCAAUUAAUGAAGUCAAAAUACAAAAGUUGAGAGCUCAGAAAGCUGCAAGUCAGGCAAACAUGAAACCAGAAAUGUUAAAGGGUUUAAAUGCAUUUUAGCUAGCAUGCAUUUUAAUCGUGUAAUGUGAGUUAAGUCCUGACUUUAACAAUGCAUUCAUUUGCAACAAUUUCUUGUACCAUAGAGGACUGAAACACAUUGAUAAUAACAACCAUAUUUUGAGAAAGAAAUAGUAGACUUCCUUUUCUUUCUGACAGCCAUGAAAUGAAACUUAACCUGGAUGCUAUCUCACAUAUUUAUGAGUUCCUGACUGUAAACUUUGGGUCAUAGAGCUCUGAGACGAGGAUACAAGGCUGUCAUGUUAAUCCGGCUCUGCUCAUAUUCGGGUGUGAUCUCCCCUAUAGUUAAACAUAUGUUAUAAGGAAGAAAUUGUGGCUUGGCAGAGGAUUCAGUUUACUUUCAGCCCCGAAACAACAGGGCGUCUCUUUAACCGUCCUCAGCCUUUUAAAAUAGAAGAUAAUACUGUGAGUUUGUGAGUUUAUGUUUCUGGAAGUGAAAAACAACAGUGUGAACUUGUGGUUCUACUUACUACGUUCAUGCCAAUAACACAUCACUCUUGACAUUGACUUUCAACAGGUGUGGCCUCCCUCCACUGCUCUCUGCGCUCCUGUUUGUCACUAAAUUCUGCUUUUUUAUGACUAAAAUCAGCUCUGAGGAGGAAAACUAUUUCGACUCCUUCGCUCAGAAGCUCCACCGGCCCUCGGUAAAGGUGAAGGUGAAGGCGAAGGUGAAGCUCUUCCCAUUAGUUUGAAUCAAGAUGAGUCCAGAUAAACUACCCACCUGGUGGAUGGGGACCUCAGACAACCUUUGUAAUCAGAAACUUUAUAAACUAAGACUUUAGAAAGUCACUUUAUUUGAGCAAUAAAUAGCCGAGCACAUAAACCAGCCGUAUUUCACACCUCUAUUUUAGUCAAGGGUAAACAAAAAGACUAAAUGUGCUGGCUGGUUGAUUUCCUUACUUGCUACAUUAGCUGCUUCCUCCUAAUUUCUAAGCUAACCAUCUGCCAGCUGUAGCCUCAUUUUUCUCCGCAUAGUUAUUAAAGUGAUCCCAAUCUUCUUAUCUAACUCCCGGCAAGAAAGAGAUUAAGCUUAUUUCCCAAAACGUUGAACCACUGCUCUUAAGGUCCAGUACUUGUUGGAUGUAUUAAGAGUACUUUCUGCCUCUCCGAAUAAAGUUGGAGCCGCUCUUUGUGUGCAGGUCUCUCUGCUGGGAUGGUUUCAGGGGCAGCGCGCUCGGCACAGAAGUAAAAACGUCCUCUGCUCCUUUUAAUGAAGCCGAGCCCCGGUGUUCCCUCAGAGGGGUUUCCGGGUCUAAUUGAGAAUAGUAAACUGUUGCUGCUUGAGACGGAGUCGCAGCAAAUAAAUGGCCGAGCACUCUGAGAUCCUUUUUUCGGAUUAUUCGUGAUUUUCUUUUUUAACUUUUAAGCCCCAAUACCUGAUAAUUUAUGUGGUCCUAGGUUAGAUCUGCAUGGAUCAGUUUCCUAGUUAGACCGAGUGUCUUACCCAGGAUUUCCACCGCAUCUCGAACGGCGGUGAUUUACGCUGUACGUCAAUUCCUACUGGAUCCGUUUGUGAGAUGAAUUUCGUGGCGGAUCACGGAUGGCAGUAAUCACUAGAACCCACAAGAACCUGCGGAUUCACUUCCAAUCGUGCGAUUACAAGUUGUCUCUUAGCUACAUAGGCUAACCAUACAAGCAGUAGAUUGUGUCCUUCCAGAGGAGGAAAUCUACUUCUAGACUUCUAAAAUCAGCAUCUCCUCAUCCAUGGUGUCAACGGGAUGAAAUGUUGUCUAUUAACCUUUCACUUGUUCGUCUCCGCCCGUUUGCAUGGUAUGAAAUACGAUCCUCCUGAAACAUAAAAUGUUUUAUUUUGAAAAGAAGCCGGAUGUUUUAUUUUGUGUCUGUGCCCGACUUCCUUUCCAGCACGGUUAAUCUGUGCUGACUUUAUCCGGUAUGCUCCAGCGUCUGGAAAAAAUAGAACUCUUGCAAUCUGCAGCAGAACAGAAAGAAGCACGGGGAAAUUGACACGUUAACUUGAAUGGUUACGAUCAGCUACGAUUGGCGGAUACGGCCUUUUUGUAGCCGUUAUGGAUGUGGUGGAAAUUAGGGGUUAGGCCUUGUCCACAUGUAGCCAGUAUUUGCUAAAACUAAUAUAUUUUUAUACGUUUUGGCCUGCCAUCCACACAAAACUGCAGGAUUACGUCAUUAAAAACGAAGCUUUCAGAAAAUUACGAUUUUGCAUGUGGACAUAGAUAACCAGAGUUUUAAAUUCCCAAACAUCAUUGUCCGCAAGAACUAAUAGAUAAACAAAUAAAUAGAUGCAUAGAUAAAAUUUUUGUGAGAAGGGGUGUUUUACAGUCGGUUAUUCUACACCAAAUAAUCCAUUCUCUACAUUUCUUGUGUCUUGUUGACUCUUUACUCUAAAAUGAUGCUUAAAAGCUAUUUCACCUCUUUGUCGGUCCACACAAACAAACUACACAGAAGUUUGCUCUGAUUGGAUAGAAGGGGUCCAACUUUUUGACAAAUACUACCAACUCCAGGUCUAGCAUGCUUAUAACCGCAGUCAAUAGGAAAUUCAUGCGGUUUUGUGUGGAUGGGACUUUAUUUGAAAAUGUUGAUGUGUGUUCAUGACUUUUUUUCUUUUAAACAGAGGGGGUUGGAUAUUCGUUUAUUAAAAUACCCGGCUACGUGUGGACAAGGACUUAAUCAGCUCCAACACGAUGAUCCUCAUCUCUGACAUCUUCAUUAUGCUGCUCUUUUGCCUCCUUCAAAAAUCUGUUGCGCUCAAGUCGCAUCCUCUGAAAAGCGCGAUAAGGCACGACAACAACAAUGUCUGAGGGCUGUGAUUGGCCGGGCCGCUCGGUUGUAGUGUUUGUUAAGGACUGCAAUCAAGGAUACGAUCACAGAAAAUACGUCCUCCAAGUAUAAACACAUCGGCCUUCUGCUAUCUGUGAGCAAGUGCACCAUUCAUAAAUGACACUUCAUGUACACAAACCACUUCACCCUGUAACAACAAACCCAGAAGUCAUUUCAAAUCGAAAAUUCCAAGGUUGAUUUUUAUGAACAAUAAAGAAGACGAGGUGAAUGUGUGGCACAGAAAGAAAACACAUCCUCUAUGAGCUAACAAAGUCGGUUCAUUAUUCUCGUCUAUUCUCGCUCGGCCUUGAGGAGGAAGCUGCAUUUUUGCAGCUGCACAGCGGAGUAGAUAUCUGAGUACACAUCUGUCUUGUUUGGAGACCACAGCUUUGUCCACGCCAUGCCCUCUCCCUCUCUCUCUUUAUUUUAAUUUCAUUGUGUGUCUUUUCUCUCCAUCCCCAGCUGUCACAGCUCCGUGGGAGGGACAGGACGUUCACCUUGCUCCACGCCCUUGUGGAGCAGAUUAUGUUGCACGAACCACACUUGGCCGCUUUUACCCAGGAGUUGGCAGAAUUCGAAACUGUCCCAGGAGGUAUUCGCUAAAACGCAAAGCUGAAAGAAAGCGCGUGUCGUGCUUUUCAAUCAAAGUCUGCAAAGUGAAAAUGUGUUUUUUUCUUACGUGUGUGUGUGUCGCUCUUUUUGGACAGCCUCCAUCAAAGGCCUGACCGCAGAAGUGGAUGGUGAGUAGAUCGGAUUUUACUACAGAGCCCGAAAACUGCUCUCAAAUUUGCUGAGAUCACUGUAAUACUGACCUGACUUCUUUUGUGCCGCCGUCAGCUUUUUUUGGGGAAGACUGUGUGAUAGUAACAUUUACUAGCUCCUCUGUAAUUGAAGUUUCACUGCACUUUGUAGAAACAGUGUCGUCUGCAGGGAAUAAAUGGGCCCGAUCCAAUAUAUUGUCUGUAUGAUGACUUACAAACAGUUACAGCGAGCACAAAUACAGCACGCCACAUGAUCACACAGGAGACGGCGUCUGAUUUAAAGCGGCUAUUUGCUCUUAUGGUCAGAUCCGACAAAUUGGUAACCGCCUCGUUCGUGCGUGUGUGUCUGUGUGUGUGUUGUGUGUGUGUGUUUCAGUCGUGAAGAAUGAACUGCAAAAAGUCGUUCAGUACAAAAAGAUCGGCAGGAAGAGAAACGCAGGAGCUCUUCCCCCCAACUUCUCUAAAGACCUGAAGGUGCAGUAGUAAAUCUUAUAUUUAUUAUUUAUUAACGCCUUCAUUUAAAUGUACGAUGUGUCUUCUUGUAAACAAACAGGGUAUCGAUUGUUCAUCGUUUCUCACUCAAGUGAACUGUUUAAUAUCUGCUUUCUCAACUUUCGCUCUUCUUCUUCUUCUCCGCUUUUAUUGGCAGAUUACGGCUUCAGGGGGAGUUUUAUAGCCACAAGGGGUGUAAUCAGAUACCAAUACAUUAAAUUAACACGCGCUGAUGAUUUCCUGAAAACACAUUUCGGGACAAAGGAUCCAUUCAGGCCUCAAACACAUUGUUAAGCACUCGCUACAGUAUCUCCCAUGUCUAUAAAAGACGGAUAUCCAUAAAUAACAUCCUGUCUUCAUGUCUAUUAGUGUUAAAAGUUUGACAUUUAAAGUGAUUCGUCCAUUUUUUAUCAAAUUUGUUGGCUGGAGGCAGAAAACAGCUUGAACAGUGAAAAAUGGAACAGCUGAGAAAAAGUGUCAAACUUGAUAGAGAUGCAAAAGUUUUCAGAUCCAACCGUUCAGUGGGUUUUCAGUUUUUAAGAAAAUCAAUUAUUCACUUUAUAUAGUCAUAAAAUAAAGAGUAUUAUUAAUUCAUAUCAUAAAAUACAACAGGAAUGUGAAUUAAAGAAACAUGUUUCACAAAAACCUGGAAAAAGGAAUAAACUGAGUCAACUGUAUUGAUUUAUCCUCAAUAUCCAAUAACAGACAACAGUUCAACCCAAUAAGGCGACUUUGCCAAUAUCUAACAACUUGAAACAGUUCCUGCCAUGGUUCAAACCAACACUGUUAUAUAAUCGACAACUGUAAGGAUGCCUAGCCCAGGUUUACACUUUAUAAAAAAUGGAAGGUCACCAUGAAUGAUCAUUUUGACAAACUUUACUGGUUACAGAUCUGGGUUAUAGCUUCAUCAUGCCACAAGUGUGACAAAGCGUAACAAAGUGUAACAGAAGCGUAACAAAGAUUGGUCUGAGACCGUUCAAGUACAUAUAGCUGUCCACGUUUCUAAACAUACUGCUGACAAUUAGUUGACCCGAAGAAAAAUCCAUGUACAGUAAGAACAAAGGACAACAUAUUUUAGGGAGCUUUAGGACGCUUUAGAACGUAUUUUGGGGACCUGUGUGAUGUAAAACCUGGGUACAAGGUCCUUGUUGAAGAUAGUUGUCGGAGGCCCAUGGCUCCAGAAAUCUAGCACCAAAGUAUUUAAAGGUAUUUGAGUGACACAGCUCCACCACUCUAAAGGCUGACAUGACUGGCUAAAGAAACUCAUCCUAACAACAACAAAAAUGACUUCUAUAAUGAAAUGAUAAUAUGAAUGAAUGUCAAAUUGAGAAAUUAAGAGUAUUUUUGUAGCGUUAGGCAGCCAUUCAAUGUCGCUCAAAUGGGCUUUAGCAUUGGUUUCGAAAGUUCCUGGAGCUCUAUCGAAGGUUUGGACACCUCUCUUUGAAAAGUAAUCGAUUGGCGUUUUGAGAAUAAUGAACAUGGGUCAAAUUAAACCAAUAAUUGAUCACUCAGAACCACUCCACAUUAAUUUGUAGAGACCCUUAGACUAGAUAUCGAGAAGACCCCUGAAAUACCAAAGUGGUUAUGUCUAGCUGUUGUCGAGAGAGACUGCAACUUAGUUUUAUGAGUUUGUUUUCGGGUUAAAGUCAAACAAAGAUGUUCAGGUAAUUUCAGAUACAGUCGUGAAGUAUCUCCAUCCAUCCAGAUAACUUUAUUUUCUUCCUCUUUUUCUGCUUCUAUCUGCGCCUUAACUUAAUAUAGACUAACACUCAAGGUCACAAACAUGUACCGAUAUAACAGACAGUAAAUAAAGCUGUUUCUUUAGGAGGGUUUGUCCACAACAUGCUCCAGAAAAGAACCCAUUAUAUUUCUUUCUCUCUGAGAAAACUCGCCCUUCUAUGCCAUCCUCCACUGUCUCAAAAAGAGAGAAAAAUAACUGUAUUGACAAGUUUGCAGCUGUGUCAAGGUCAAACACACACUGUGAAAGGCACUUGCUCAAACAUGUACAUUUUUCGCAUUGUCGGCUCUGCGGAGUGUCAACCUAAAGAAAUUACGACGAGAAAGUUUUGGAAAUGGUUGACUAAGAAAACGAAGAAGCUCACAGGGAGUUUCCUUUCUUUUCUCUGUACCCCAGAUGGCAAUUGAGAAAUACAACACGGACCUCUCUGCACUGACGAAGACGUGUGAGGAGAUGAAGAAACUCUACUCUGUCAUACUGGUAAUCCUUGAGUUAUUAUUUCAAUAUCUCUUUUGUACAGCCCUGGAGAUGGAUUGCUUUCCUUUCUGGUAGUGUCUGGAUGGCCCUCUUCAAUUAUUUGUCAUGUUAUCUCCCCCUCUACACCGGAGAAGUACAUAUAUCUCCGAGUAAGAAGUCCCCAAGGUUACUUCUUUUUCCCUAUAGGUGUCCUUCAGGGCCGACACAAGGACAUCGUACAUCUGCUGCACAGAGCUGCAGGGUUCACGUUCUUUAACGGCAAACACGACUAGAAAAAUGCUGCUCUUUCCCUUUUAAGAAACUUGGAAGUACAAUUUUAGCAGUUUUGUGAAGCCAGAAAGUGUGAGGGACAAGUUCAUCCUGACCCCCAAUGUGAGACAUCAAUGAAUGGUCGACCAAACUUUGAGAAUGCGAAGCUGUGAAAGUACCCCUGGUGGGUUUCUGAUGUGUUUUUCAAAAGAAGCAACACAUAAAAGAAAGAAGAAAUGCCACAAAAUUCUGUGUUUGGAUCCCUCUGAGGAAAAAGGAGUGAACUUUGAUUUUAGAAAUGUGCCAGUAUGUAGAUACAAGUUCAUCCAGGUGCAGGACUGGAACCCAAGUCCAAUAACAAUGGCUAACUUUGGGGGAAUGCUAAGGUGACCAUAUUCUGAAUCCUCAAAAAGUGGAAACUACUGCGUGAGGUGGAGUUGUGUGCAAAAUUUUCAGGGUUUUUCGGGUCUGGUCGAGUGUUUUUUACGUGCUUUUAAAUUAGUCCACGCUACACAAACUCAAAAUUUCCAUACACAACAGCUGACAUAUGAAGGAUUUUAUAAACUCCCCCGGACAAACCGGAAAGCCCUCCAAAAAGAGGACAUGUCCGGAUAAAAGAGGACAUAUGGUCACCUUAAGGAAUGCUGUUUCAUCUCAAGUUAGUAUAAACCUCUUCCAUUGACUUCCUUUCACAUGCAUUGAUUUCCCACUUUGGUGAUCGGAAAACUUUGCAAUGACGUAAACUUCAACGACAUUAGGAAACCCUCCUCCAAAGUGAGUCAUUUGAACCGAAAACUCAGGCAUUCAAAUACAUGGAAAUUUCGCGAUUUGAUCAUUUGAUUGAACACAACAUAACCGUGCAACAUUGUAGAGGAAGAUGGCGAGUUUUCGUUAUAUCAGAAGCAAUUGUCAAGCCUAAAACUCACAGGAUACGUGUGGGGCGCCUGCCUUAGCGUUAUGCGCUACGCAGCAUAUACGUUCCCAUUCUAAUCAACGCAGCAUCUCAGCUUCGCCCCAGAACUUUCUCUACUCGCUGCUUUGCUAAAGAUACGUGCCAAGCAGGGCUGGGCGAUAAACCGAAAAUUUACAGAUGACAAAAUUUACGACAAUAACCAACGUCACUUUGCCCAUGUCAAUAUAUUUGGUGUCAAAAAACGCUGUCCUACAUCAGAGACGUGACUCCACCCCAUCCAGUCUGUAACAAAGAGAGAAAGACAGGUGAGGAGAUGGAGGACGGUUCAAAAGUUGGAGCGGCUGAAGUAGACAAAGUUAUUGUGGGAGGGGGUGAGCAGCUUGUGGAGUAGUUAUCGUCCAUAUAUCGCUAUCGAGGUGAAUUGAUCAAUAUAUUGUGAUAUUGAUUUGAGGCCAUAUCGCCCAUCCCCAGUGCCAAGUCUAUUGUCGAUGGAGCACGUCCUAGAUCGUCCUGUACAGGAUGUCAAGCAUGGAAGAGGCGCAUAUUAUCUGGUAAAUUUCAAAAUAAAACACCAUAAAUUGACUUUAUUAGUGUAAAUGAGAAAUACUCCCUGAUCCAUGUGGACCACAACAGGACGUUUAGCUGCUAGCUCUGUCUGAAGGUAACAGCACAGCAUUAACAGACAUAGUUUACUUUGCUGAACACAAGUAAACCUGCAAAUAUCCAAAUUUUAAACUCAUGUUUCUUGUUCAUAAUCAGUAGAAACUCAACAGUCACAGAAUUAAAUCCAAAUUAGCAGAAGAGCGACGACAGAAAGGCAAAACAAUGAGUUUGUUGUUUCCUCUAUACUGAGUCCAGCUGCACUGCGCUCCAAACUCGCUUCCAGUGGGCGAGCCAAAACAAAACUUUAAACGUCACUGUGAAACCGUCCAGUUUUACUCUCAAUAUGGACUGUUCUCUUCUAGUACAACAGAAACCAUUAAAACCCAGACCUCUGCCAACAGACUCCACACCGUUUGUAGGAUCUGAAAGCAGAAACUUGCAACGCUUACGCCAAAGCCCCUCGACGUUCGGUGUCAGACUGUAAAAGAGUGUAUAGGAUAUCAAAGAUGAGAGCCUCAUCAAGCAUUCACAAAAACCUGGGUGGUGAUGAGCUGUCACAGCUAUUUGACAACCUAGAUCAGAAACAAAUCCCCUCCUGUCAUGUAGACUAUAUCUAAAGAGCGCGUGGGUGUAGCGGAUCAUGUUUUGAUAGGCAGCUGCCUGUCCCGGCUGAGUGGUCGGGUUGGUGUAGGUUUUAUGUUUGACUCAUCUGAGGCAGAAUCAGAAACAAAGACAGCUGUGAAGUACUUGUGUAAAAUAGUCGCUGAAUGGUGAAAAUGCUUGAUAAUUUCGCAGGGGGGACACUGAGGAUUCUGGUUUCUGGGGGUUUUACAGACUUUUCCUUGAGUGCAAAUAUUUUUCUCUUUCAUGUCGAAAUAUCACGUCAAACAUUUCAUUUAUCUCAGCGUAGAGGUAAAAUCCCUCUGUCGCACAUCUCUGCAGAUUUAGCGGCGGUCCUUGUGUUUUCUCUGAUCCCAUUGUCUAUAAAGGAGGACAUUUCCUUUUCCCACUAACCUGGUUAGAUUAAGUUUAUAGAGCUCAAGCCUGCUUUUGACAUUUUAGCAGGUACUUUGUCUUUUUUUUAUAGAGUUCCCACCGAAAACAAUCAAUACUAAAGUAGAGCUUAUUUUCUCACCUUUCCUAUAUCUCCAUGGACAAUCCAUCAUCAUAGAGAGUCACUUACCCUUCCUGCUGUGUUUGAGCUCUGAGAUAUUUUACCCUGAGCUGUCAGCUUAAGGCCUGGUAGGGAACUGCGUUAUAUUAAACCCACAAUUAGAUUCCUGUGGACUGAAAACUUUUUUCACGGCUCGCACACAAGCAAGCGAAUCGGAGGUUCCUGAAGGCAGUCGGUGUGCUUGAAAGUGAGAGGAGGAGAUAAUAAGGAUCUUCCCAGCAUUGUUUCAAACCUUCCCUUGACCUCUUUCUUUGUACUUCAAACAGUAAAAGCGACACCGGCGGCUUUUACAUGAAAUCUCACCGCGUUUAAGAGUCAAAGGGAGAGCUAGACGUCUGUUAAAAAGCUUUUUGUUUGAGUUUAAGUAAGUAACGUGACGACGGAAAUAUCUCACUGAUAAAUAUGAAAGCUACAGCAGAUAGAUGAAAAAAAGAAAAACAGCAGCCUGGUUGAUUCACUCUUUAGCAAAUGAAUUUACAGUCUACCUCCUGAAACAACCCACAGAUGGAUCCUCUAUGCUCUACCUCUAAACCUCCUUUAUCUGUAUUUAUUCAGCACAAACAGCCACCUAGUCAGGGCUCAACAGUGCGACCGUUUCACUCGCAUUUGUUACUAAAAAUAGAUGUGUGCGAACUGUAACACAUAUUUAGGGGCACAUGUGCGCAUAAGAAAAAUUAGCCAAGACAACAAAUGUUUUUUUCAUGUAAAUACGGCGGUGAAGUUAGUUUUAGGUUCGAUAUCCGACUCGCUGAAGAUCUACUGCUGUCUCCUCAUCCCCCAUCACCAGUAAUAGCAACAGCAGCGCGGUUAAAUCUACUCAGCAUCCUCGCUGUCAACGUCGGGUGUUGAAUAAGGGACCGUCAAUAAUUUUUUGUGUUAAAUUUAAAGGCAAAUUUUGACCAUUUCCUACAAAUAGAGUCCAUUACAAAAUUGACUCUAAAUUAUAGUACUUAUGUCGACCAAACAUUAUUUGAUUAAUUUCCCCCAAAGUUCUUUGUGUGCUCCUUACUUUUUCAACUUAGGAGCUCAUGUGCUUCUUGUGAAAAAAGUUAGUGUCAAGCCCUGCAUCUAGUAAGAGGCUGCAGUAGGAAGUCACAUCUUCACUCAUAUUUAUAGUUAAGUUUUAAAAGAUAAAAACAAAUACAUUUGACAAUAUUUAAAUGAUUUAAGAGGAGUAAGUCGGCAGUUUUUGGUCCCAAAAUGAAGCCAGGCUAGCUAAGCUAAUGAAACUGUCUAGGAUGAUUUAAAGUUAAUUUAUUUGAUAUCUCUACUUAUACGAGAGUGCUAUCCUUUUACUCUGAGAAAAUAAUGACUAGGAAGAAAAUGUAUGUCCAAGCAAAUGCAAAGAAACUAGCGCAGCACCCACUAAGCCCUCACGUGUUAGCAAGGGUGACCAUAUUCUGAAUCCGAGUACGAGACUACGCAGGGGCGGAAUCACGCGUAGUCAAUUUUGAGAGUUUUCCGGGUUGGAUUGAGUGUUUUUUAUGCGCUUCUAACUCAGUAAGUCCAAACUUCCAUACAAAACCCCGGACAUUUGAAGGACAUGUGCGGGUAAAAGAGGACGUAUGGUCACCCUAAUGUUAGCGCAUGUGGAGAUGUGGUGCAUGUUAGGGUACGAAGGAGCUUCACUGUCUAAAUCUCUAAAGAAAGGCACAACAACACAGUUUAAAUUCUGCCAUCUUACCAAAUUAUGUUACACAAGACAUUAUAAAAGUAACAUAUUAGAAGUAGAUUUUAAUCUUACGUUUGAAGUUUGAGGCAGUUUGGAGAAUCUAUAAUUAAGUUAUAGUGACUUCCUGUUUCAUAGAAAUAAGGGUUACAUAUUUAAGCGCCCGUAAAGAUUAGAGUCUAACGAGUCAGAUAACAGCACAUGAGGACAAAACCAGAGAAGGGAGAUGAAGUUAGGCUGACUGUCCACAUGGGGUGCCAAAAUCAAAAAGUGAAUUGAUGAAAACUCAGGUGAAAAAGUAAAGUGCAGAAUAAAGUCUGAUUUAUUAAAUAACUUCAUAGUUUUUGUGUCUUUGUUUGGAGCCUGAGAGCGAAACUUUAAUAUAGACGCAGUUUCAAUCAACUUGACCUUUAAAAAGAAUCAUUUCACUUAAUGAGGAACUAAUACGCCACAAAUCACUUUAUGAGACACUAUUCAUCACGUCCAUUAUACAGAUUAUAAAAUAUAUAUAUAUAUUUCAGUAACUUCCAGGGGGAUUUCCUCACAACUACUUUCUAUUUGGUACAAAACAACAUUUAAUACCAGCGCAUUAAUCAUCACAGUGUGUUGGUCGAGUCGGUGACAUUAAACGCAGUAAAUACGACGUCUUUAAUGUGCAAAUCAUCAAAAAGUGAGACUAGUUUUUGGUGACGCGCCACAUUAUAAAUCUUUAGAUUUAAGUAUUGUUCCUUCUUCGUAUAAUAAAUCACUUGAAGUAUUAUUGAAAACAGUCUGCUGGUGAAGUGGCAGUGGCCUUUAAAACUUUUACAAUAUGACCUUUAACUGCAGUGUCCCCCUCAGGCCAGGAGUUGUUUUUAAUCAGCAAGGAGCCGUGAAAAAAAAGUAAAAAAACGCACCGUCAUCCCGAAGAGAGGAGUCUCCGUGUUUUUUUCCCCUCUUUACCUUUAAUAAUGUAGUGUUACUUUUUUAAUUGCAGCAGCCUUAUUAGUCCAUUCCCCGCCCUCCAGUGUCAAGUUUAGUCACAAUCAGUUAAACUCGUAUUCUGCAGCUCCACCUGCGCCUCUCCUUCUUGGCUGAUUUCAGCAGCAUGUGGGGGCUGCUGCUCUAAUAUUGUGUCUGCGAACGCUCCUGAAUAUACAAUAAAGGCCUUCAGGAGCGUCGGAGAAAAUGAUUUAGAGUGACUCGGCUGUGUUUCUGUGCAGAGGAGCAGCAGGUUUGGGAAAAGGCUUCAUAUUCAGUCAUCUUCUCAUGGGAGAGGAGAAUUCAUAAUGAUGCCCCUGAAUAGCCAACAUGCAAAUUUAUUAAUCAUAGAAGAAGCUCAUAAAAAUUUGGGGGGUCUGAAUCUGGAGGAAUGUUUUUUUUUAUUUCUUCUUCUUCUUCUUUUAGUCGAUGUUUUUUCUGGAGGGAUGAUUUUAUAACGGUUUUAAAUAGAAGCAGAAUUUUUUAUGUAACAUGCUUUUCUUUGCUUCGAGUAUGAUACACUGGAUGCAUAGUCAUAAGAGCUGUGAUGUAAUCAGCAUCUCUUCAUACAGGCACAGGUAAUCUUUACAUCUUUAAUACUCUGUGCUGGUAAGAAACCAUAUAUAUAUAAGAAACAGGGACGGCAGAGAAGAUGCUUUGGAGUAAAAAGCUUGUCCUCGUGAACAGAGAUGGGUUUACUGUGAGACUAAGACGGCGUGUUUUUGUUCACUAAUAUUGUAAGAGAGGUGUCAGACGUCCUUUAUCAAAUGAUACGAUCAAGCUGCAUGCAUGCACAGAGCGGUGCAGAAUGAAGUUAGUGACACGGCCAAAAUAUGGCUGCUCCUCUACAGUCUGUUCAUUUCACUGUUAAUGCCGUUGACAUGUUUGAUUACAUGGCGAGUUAAAAAACUGUCGCUAAAGCGUACAAAUUAGGGAUGUGGAGAUUAAUCGAUAUGGAUCGUUGUCGUGACACAGACGUGCGUGAUGCGAGUGCAUCGAUUCAUUCAGUGUGUAUCGGUACAAUGACGGCUGAAAUUCGCAAUGCUUCGUUCGCUGCGUGUCUGUAUCGUAAUCUUCACAGUUGCAUUGGUUUUUCCAUGUUGUUCUGCAUUCUAUCAUGUGUUUCCAAGGCGUCUUGAAUGCACCAUCACCAUUUCGCGAUUUGUUUUGAAGACGGACGGAAGCCAUGCACGCACACACUCUUCAGUAAUCAUGGCGGAGGGAAGCAGCAACGCCGCAGAAGAAGAGAUUUUUAAUGCUCCGCAAAAGUUCAAAUCCAAUGUUUGGAAGUACUUUGGAUUUACAAGAGAGAUGGUAAAUUUGAAAAGACGCAUGUUAUUUGUAAAGAAUGCCGUGCUUCUAAACCUCACAACGGCAGCACAACAAAUAUGGCCGCUCACUUGAAAAACGUGGUAUCGAUGUCACGAAAAUUGCUGCUACCGGAGUGCAGGAGGCGAACAGCAAUACGGGUGAGAAGGAGAAAAUCACAAAACACUCAAAAAACCAAAAUCAGAUUUGAAAAAUUUAUUAAUUUCCUUACUAUUUAAAAGUCAAACAUGCUCAAUGUAAAAAUUUGAAUGUAGAAAAUGUAAACACAAGUUGUAAAUAUGUACAUACAAAAGUAUAAGUGAGAUAAAUUUAACGUAUCGGGAUUAGGGGUGAAUCGUGGAGUAUCGUAUCGGCAGAGAUUCAACGUAUCGCAAAUUAUAUCGUAUCGUUGGCAGUGCAUCGAGAUGGGUAUCUAAUCACCACAGUAAUGGAGAUGCACAUCCCUAAUAGAAAUCUGUUAAAAAAAUAAACGUUAUUUUAAUCAUUGACAUUAACAGUAGUGGAAAAGUUUAAACUUAAAAAUUAUCUUGUUGUCCGAACGUUUUUUCUGAAUUUUUCCAGAGCAUAAAGAAAACUCAAUCAUCCAGUUUAACAGAUUAACACCUAACCAGACUGGGGACACAAAGAUGAAACUGUUGUGGGAUUAUACUGGAGUUUGACGUCCUCCAGCAGCUCACUAUCAGACACAAACAAAAGUCUGAACACGAGAAUCUCCUCGCUGUGAAAACAAUCCUGAAAUGAUUAUUCUGUCACAAAAACAACAUGAAAACAGUUUUACAUAAUCGUUAUCUCCGGGAGACGGUUCAGCUGAAAGGGUGACGGCUAAAUUCUUGUGAUUCUUUUAUUUUGACCCUCUCAGUUUGGUGUUAAAAGCACACACAAACACACAAACACACACAAAAACACACACGACGGGCGAUUUUCGGGUUUAUUGACGCACAUGUUUUGUCAACAGAUGUGAAAACACCCACAGACACCCAUUUAAAAAUCACUACUCCUGUGUUUUGUUUUACUCACGGUGCCCACAGGACGUCAGUGGUUGAUGAAACACAUCUGCUUUUAACUACAAUAAUAAAAAGAGGAUUUCCAAAGAGCUAAAUUUGGGGUAACGUCGCCGCUUUUCGCACCUGCGCCGGUUGUAACAGCGCCAUUAUGACUGAUACUUUCCAAGUAAUACCUUCACUGACUGACGCUGGUGGAUUAGUUGCACCAAUUAUACAUUUCUGAUGCCAACAGGGACAUGAGGGAGCUCUGGGUUUUAUUUUUUCACUCUGUAGCUUAGCAUUUUCCCACCACGGUACGAUACACAAUGCAAUCUCAUUAUCCUCCUUAUCCCGACUCGUUAAAUAGGAAACACAUUGACUCAUAGAACAGGCAAGCCCUUUAUUCCCCUAAAGCCGUUUGGAAGAGUGCUUGUAGAUUUGUUGGCUUUAUUGGGCACAGUAUGUGUUUGUAAAAAAAAAAUAAAAAUGCAUGCAAAUAUUUAACAUGAGGAGCAACCGGGCUGAUCGACGAACAGGCAGAGCAGAGGAGGAUUAUGUCACUCAGGCUGAGAGGAAAAAAUAAAAACGCUCAUGCUUGUGUUGUGCGUUCCUGACAGGUUGUGCAAAAAAAAAAAAAAGUAUGCAAAUAGUCUCAUUUGCACAUCUCCUGCCACAGUCUUGUAUAAUAUUUAAGAGACAGGUGUUUAAAUCGAGCGGCGCCCUCUUGCUAUUAGGACGUUUGUUUAAAACAAGCAUCUGACACCUGUGUAAAGCUGUCAGGAAACCCAAGACCUGCUAAUACGAACAUACACACACACACACACACACACACACACACACACACACACACACACACACACACACACACACACACACACACACAGACUGUAAACUUGUGAAAGUCCUCGGAGACAUUCCUCAGACAACCUCUCGUCUCUUCGUGUUCAUUAACGUGUUAAGAAGUCGGCUUUAGGAUCAUACGUAGAAACUUCGCCCAAUUAAUUUGUCAGUUUAAUCGACUAAAUCUGUCUCAUGGGGAUGGCUGCAUAUUCUAAAAGGCUGAAAAUGAGCUGUUGGAGGGUUCACAAAAAUAAUCAGAUACACAGUGUCGAUGCAUAAAUUCAUAGCUGGAAAUCCAAUAGUAUUUUAAUUUGAAAAUCAGAUGAGCCAGAUUUACUUCCAUAGAUUGAAGCCUUCCUUGUGAUUUUUGGCCGACUGUCAUCCUCUCCUGGCAGAACGAACACCCCGCUGACUCCCACUACAUAUUUACAGCGCGGAUCCAAGACUGGGAUCAAUUUCUCAUCCCGGUCUUUGCAGUAAAGCGAUCCAGCGUGUACCCCGGAAUAUAAAUAUUUUCUUAACUCUAAAAUUAGUCUUUCUCACAGCUUCACAAAACUACGUCCCACUAAACGCACCGCAGACCAGAAAAGAAACCCAAGAGAAGUAAAAUUAACGUCUACAUGUGACCUACAGAGGCAAAUGAGCCCGUCAGCAACAAAACGGAUGAUUUCUAAUGAGUUAUUUUUAAUGUUUAUAUCUGCUGCUGCUGCUGGUGCUGGUGGGUAGGUGUUAGACGAGGUGAUAAACAGCACAAACAGACUCAAAAUGAGAGAGGAGACUGACAGUUGAAGGAGAGUAGGAGGACUUUUUUUUUUAUCAGAAAACACUGACAAAACAUUUACAGGACUAGACCAGUUUAAGAAAAUAGAUGUAUCACCACAGGGGGCGCCGAAAUCAACGCAACAGGAGCUUUAAAUCAACAAGAAACUUAUUAAGAGUGCAUGUAUUCAGAGUGGGGCUGCACAAUAAUGGAAAGAAAAUUAAGAUAUGGGACUUGAGCCCUUAAAGCCCUGUUCGUAAAAAUUUUAGGCGAUUUUUAUAUCUGCAUUUUCAGCCUCAUCAUAGUAACUCAGAAUCUGACUAAGACUCAUUUUCUGCAGGUCUACAAACCCUUUUUAAAACUUUAUCUGAAUGUGUGAAAUGCAAAAUCUCAAAAUGGGAUGUUAUCAGUCUAACUUGACGACAUUAAGUCCUUCAGACUCUGGAGAAUAAGGAAUAAAAGUAAAAUGCAACACAAUAGGGAUGUGUAAGAAAUAAAAAUGGAAAUUAGAAUACAGGGACUUUAUUAAUAUAAUCUAACAUGGCCUGAGGCUCGAGUAUAAACUUGCAAAAAUGUAAAAAAAAUUUUGUCUUGAGUAAUUUCAACAUUUUUUUUAAUUCAAAUUCAUUUUUUCAGAGAAAAUGAAAAUUUAUGUGCUGCAUAUAAUAAUUUGUUGAUAAGAAAACUCAAUGUUUUUGUUCUUUUAAAUAACUCUAAGUUGGGUUAUCAGGUAAUGGUGCAGCACUAAUGUCACAGAGGAAAACUGAAACUUUUUAUUUUGGCUAAAAUGAAAAAACAGGGUUAUGGAGGACCAGGAACCACAUUUUUAAACCCCUAAAUCCACUGUGUUUUAUAGCUGUAUGGAGUUUCCUGGAUCUUAUGAUGUGACAUUAAAGUUGAUAGAUGUGUGUUAAACCAAAUCACUGACUGUGAAGGGAUCUGAAAGUUUGGCUAAAUGUAGUCGUCUAAUAUCUACAUCAGUUGCUGCUCCAGAAGAAAGUUGUCAUUUUCUUUUACUAUCAAACUUUGAAGAAGGUCUCAAAAGUCAGGAAAAGUGGUCAAAAAUAGAAAUCUGUGUAAAAAUCGGUGGAAUAACAGCUAGUUAGCAAACACGACGACGGGACGUGAUAUUUCUUUUUGUAGGACGGUAGAAUAUAUUGUAGGACUUUUAGAAUAUAUUUGUUUAUUCCUACAGUAUAAAAAAAAAGAUGUUGUAACCUGUUUAACUUAAUCAAAUGAGCUCUGAUGAGUUUUAAAGUGGCUAUAUGAUGAAAACUAUUGAUACCAAGAUGAUUUAAAGCAAAUAAAAAUAAAAAAAAUCAAGUGUGUUUAUCCUUUUUUCUUAAAAAAAUAUCCAAAAGAUUUAAGAUUUUUUUAAAAAGUGCAAGUAAUUGAAGAUCAAUCAAAAUUAAGUAUGGGCAACCACACAGUUAAUUACAAUUUAAAGUAUUAACCAUUUUAAUAGCGGUUAAAGUAAACACUAAAGUAAACACUAAAUAUCCUCCUACUGUGUUAAAAAGCACCAGGACCAGCAGGAAACAUCGUCUUUAAAUCUCGCUCAAUCAGGCGUUUUAAAAUGUGAAAUUGGUGACAGCGUGAUGCGUUUUAGAUCCAAACCAUCAAUUCUGAUGUUCUGGUGGAGAGGUUUAUUAAAUAUUAGCAUGUUUGUAAAUGAAGUUUAAGAAGUUAUCAUAUGAACAGAUUAGACAUGUGUCACACCUGAAAUCCUGUUUGAAUCUGUUCAACACAAUAAGAAGUGAAGAAAAUAAGGAGAGACAGUCUGAGUCUGAGUUUUAACCCGUACAGUUAACAGCAUGUAAUGAGCCAAUUAGUCCACUUAGACUCUGUGACCCUUUCUGAUAAAGUUUGACUUCAGAAUUAUGGACAUUUUUGUGCCGGCGACCUUUAACCUCCUCUGUGUACAUAUUAAUUCAGCUGUGAAUGUCCACACCCGUGUAUAAGUGCACUCGAGGCGCAGGCUGCAUGCUGGAGAAGUUUAUGAGGUAAUUACACAAAAAGUCUGUUGUUACGAAGAACACGCACGACCCACGCACAGGUUCGCUAAUGAAAGCUGUUAAUUGGAGGAUGUAUUUUUUAAGUUGAAGGUGACUGCCAGACUGAAGUUUCUCUAACGCUGUUUUUUUUCCCCCCUCCUCUGUGUGAAGGUCAAAUUCGGAGAACCGGCGGAUCAGGACUCUCAGGAGCUCUUUGGGUUGAUCUGUCAGUUUGUCCACGACUUCAAGAGGGCCCAUGCUGAAAUUAUAUGA